UUUUUAAGUUGUGCAUUGAGCUGCGACUAAAUUGAAAUACAAAAGCCAUUAAGAAGACGACAGAAAUUUUAUCCGGAGAAGACCAUCACGGUUGCUUUUUGAGCUUAAGUAUUUCGCUAUACAUCUACGAACACUGGCUACUUCAUGAUGAAAAAAGAAAACAAGAACAUUUUAUUAGUUGCGUUUUGGAAGUUAAUUUCUGUUGCCUUUGCUCUAGGUAAGCCUACGUUACUGAAUUCGAGUUGGUCCGUUCCCAAUCAAUUGCUGGCGUUGUCCGUUAUUGUCUCAACGUUUUACUGUGAACUUCCAAGUACUAAGAAAACUGAAAAGUUGAUGAAUCUAUUAUUUUGUUCUCAGGUGGACGUGUGACAAAGAUAACCCCAACCUCUGGAAGUUUGCUGGGAGCGACGAGGUUAACAAUUCACGGAGAAGGCAAGUUACAGAUAGCAAUUUCGAUCUUAUCUGCAGUGAUCAUUGUUUACUGCACCUAAAGUUAUUCGUGAAAGAGAGAGAGAGAGAGCUAGCCAUCACGGGUGAAACACUUCUGUAAAAAAUUCCUUAUUAAAAUGACGAAUUUAAGUUUUCCAGUUGUUGCGGUUUCAGAUGCAACAGCAUGUAGUUAGCUCUUGCAUUGAUUUAAGCCGGUUAACAAUAGAAAUUUAUCUUGAAGAGAAGUAUCAGUUUUCCUUGUUUUCCUUGCUUCAUAUGCGUAAAGGCAUGUUGGUUAACAUCUGUUUUAAAUACUCCGCACUCGUUCAUGGCCAUUCCAAUAACAGUUUAUUUCGUGAGGAAAACUAAUACGUUUCCAUAGCUUCCGUUUAGGGUUUGGAAUCAAAGCAAUUAAAACUACGUUAACUGAUGUUGGGGGGUAACAAGACCACAGGAACUGAGGGAUUAGCGCAUUUUUCAUUUAUUAAUCUUUCUUGCAGAAGCUUUCCUAUUUCAUUUAGCGGCUUUUAUCGCUUUUCCCUCGUUUUUGAGUUGCAAGUGGGUUUCAUCGAUUAUAACUGUCACCACGUUUCAUAAAAAAUAACCGCAGCAACGUUACGUUUUGCUGAUCAUCGUCUGAAAAGAUGAAGGGAUUUAUUAGCAGUUAAGGCUAAACUGAUGAGCCAAUUUCAUGCAGUGGAACGGAAAUCAGUGUCCGGCGACUGUUAUCAGGAUCAAAUAUGGUUUAUGGAGCUAGCCUUAUCUAUGCGUACCCAUUAAUCCGGUGGUACAUAUUUUCACCCAUGCCUUUUUCCCAGCUUUCCAAAGUUGUUGUAGUUUAGUCGGCAUUUGAAGAACUGAGUCAGAGUUAUGCUUAGUUAUUAGGUCUUUAUAAUUUGAGGUUUGAAGAACAGCAUUGAUCCUUUCUCUGGACCGUCGUGUAAUGACAAUUGAAUUCACACGCUGGUACUAUUGCCGAGCUUGGUAGUUUCCGCUAAGAAUAUGUGUGCGUUUUUCAUUUUCAGUUUGACUGUUUAUUUCCUGGACGUCACGUACUGAAAAACUUUCAAUUUCUAUCUGAGAUAUAUAAAUAAUUCUACAAUGGCCAGCAGAAACGUUCCUGUCGAAGGCAAUGUUUAUAAAGAACCAAGAAUAGUAUUCCAUCAUUAAAUGCAAAGCAUUAGCCGUAUUAGUUUUGAGUGACUUAAGCAGAUUCUCUUUUUAUGGCUUACCGGCUGUUGUUUCACCUUUGCUCAUUAGUAUCGUAUGUUACCGAUAACUAUUUAUAGACUCUUCUCGGAAAGGUAUAUGAUGUCUGGCUUUUCAAAGUCAUGCUAGAAACUUAACCUUUCUAAAUUACCUUACUGAAUUUUGCGAUGCCAAAAAGAUGGACCAGUGGUGAAGUUUAGUCCCGGGGGGGGGGGCACUUUAGGAAUUUCUGGGUGGGGAUGUGCCGCUGGGAGCCUGGAACCCUUAACCAUUACCAGAGCUAGUUCAGCUGAAUUUUGCUACCCUAUACUAGAGUUAACUCCCCAAAUCCCCCUAUCCUAGAGUAGCUGUGUACCUAGUCUAGAUAAAAUCUUCAAUCAACUGAUCAGUUUCCUGAAAAAUGAUACCCUCUUCUAGAGCCAAACGCUCUGAUUUAUAUACCCUAUCCUAGAGUAAACUGCUUGAAAACCAUACCCUUCACAGCGGCACAUACCUAUAUAGCCCAUAUAUGGCAGUACCCCCCCGGGAGUUUAGUACUCACUUGAAAUCAAGUCAAAUCGCAAGAUUUCAUACAAACUGUAUUGUGUUCGUGAAACAAAAUAAAUACUAUGAUCGCUAUAAAUAAUAAGUGACAGAUGAGUCUUGCUAGCUAUAAUCAUGGUUAUUCUUUUGCUAAACGUACGUAUUUCAGUUUUUAUUAGUUUUCGACAUCGUUCUGUCAGUUCAUUAUCACUGUAACAUUCUCUGUUUCUAAGUCUGUCUGUUUUGUUUAAUCAUCAAACCGAACUUCAUCUGCCCUUUGUUUCCUUGUUUUGGUUUUGGCCUUAAAGCCAAAAAUAGGAAAACUUUAACGAGAUCAACGGAAGGAGGAUAUCGCGAAAAAUUAACCACUCGCGGAAUACCGCUUCCUACUUGCGAAAUUUUAAGUGCGCGCUCAAAUAAGUAAAAGGUGGGUUGAUGAUCUCUGUAAGGUCUGUUUACUUUCUUUUUCAUUCGUGCGCAAAACCACGCUGGUUAAUUGACGUUCUACGUGUUGAGCAGAACUUAGUAAACCGCACUAUUGGCUUAUGCAAGCGUUGACGGUUCAGCGGGUUUCACCCACGCGUGAUCGCUCACACACGUUCUGUUUGUUUGUUCAUUAUUAUUACGGUUAACGACUAAUGUGAUUGAUUUUCCAGCAAAUGAUCGCACAAGAUAGUAUAAAUGAGUCUUAAAAAUCUAGGUUGUGCAUCAAGAACUACAAGUCACGAACCCAUAACUUUAAUUUUAAACUGCGUGCAUCACUUUGCAGUGAAAAGCGACGAAAUCAGCAACGCUAUUAGAUUUGAUUAGGAGUAAGAGAUCGAUUACGAGUACGUUGUUAGAAUUUCAUCCCGGUAAUGGAUGGAACUCUCGUCCUUCCCUGUCACUAAACAGACCAUAGAAGGAUGUGAAAGAUAAGAUUGUCGUCAUAAGUGAUUAUCUGAGGCUCAUGAACUUAGUUUGAAAAAUCGUAUUCUUAUUCUAUCAGGGGCACCCAACGAGAAUAUAGUUCAAAAACACUUAAACAUAGCAUUGUUGAACGUAUUUUAGUAAUUAAACGGUGGUCAUAGGUAUAUUUUUAUCCCCUAAAAAUCUUUCAUCUGUUCGGAUUUCCUAGCUGAAAGUCUAGUGAUCCGAAAAUUGUAGAGAUCAAAAGUUACCUUUCCAAAAAUUUAAGCCAUAAAAAAGGCGCCCGAAAAAUUCCAGGUGACCUUUUUAGGGUAAAAAUCCGUUAAAAAUGGGCAAUUAUACCAUUUUUUUUUUGGGGGGGGUCGAAAAUCCUAGGAGAGGCAGGCAAGCAAGAAAUUUAAUAACAAAUGUUCCGAAAAUUCUAGACCUCAAAUCGUCUUCCGAACAGAUAAUUUCCAAAAUUUGUCGUUGGGUGCCCCUUUUCUAUGUCACGAUAUCCAAUCUAAAGGUCGCAAUUUAAUGGAGAAACAACAACGGGAAGAUAAAAUUGAAAAAUGACAUUUACAUUUAAAUUUGAAGUAACACAUAACUGGAUACUUCUUUAACCUUUAAGGAAAAUAAAUGGUAGGCCUUUUUCAUAAAUACCAUAAUACUAUUAGUUGUCCUUCCAAAAUUCUGCACAAGCAUUGUUCAAUUUCGCCCCAAGAGAAAUUAAAAACAAUUCUUAUGCAAAAGUUUGAAGGAAACAGAAAGAGUACUAUGGUAUUUCUGUUGGCCAGAACCUCUAAUUUGAUAGGUUCUUGUUGGCUCGAAGCUCUGUUGUUCAGAGUUAGGGUCAUUGUUAGUUUUGUUUGGUUGAGGGCCAGGGGCGGAUCCAGGAUUUUUUUUAGGAGGGGGUGCACUCGUCUCUUGCUCUACUUCAACACCAAUGAACCACAUAGUUUUUUUUUCGCAGAAUAUCAGUUGUAUUAAAAAACCGCAGGUCAUCUCAGGUGCGGGGGGUGCACCCCCUGCACCCUCCCCCUAGAUCCGUCCCUGAGGGCUAUAUACUGUUUUCUAAACCAACGCUGUGAGCCGUUCUUAGAGUUUCUGGCCCACCGGUAUUUUUGAAAAAAGCCGAUUUAGCGUUAUAGACUGAUUAAGUUAUCAGUAAUUUUGCUUUUUUUAAGGAUUUGCAAACGACCAGUUUAACUGGCAUCAAGAGGAAUUGGGCAACAGUGUCACACUAGUGUCGGUAUCACGAGCCCAUGUCUUACCGUGUGACGUCAUAACAUAUUAUACCACCCCGUAUCGAAUAGUGUGUACCACAAGGUAUGUGACUCCUUUUAAAAAUAAAAUAGUUUUUCCUGGCACGGGUAGCAUUUAUUCUCUGAUUUUAAAGCGCUCAAGGGAUCGUUUUUCACAAAACAAAACAAAAAAACAAAAAAAAAAGAGAGAGAGAAUUUACUGCUGAAUUUCUUGCAGAAGACGAUUAUGCUGAAGUCCCACUUCUUAUAAAGUUCUUUCAUACCUUAUUUUAGUCUCACUUCUUAAUCGCUGUUUACUUACUUUGUUUUAUGCUAAUUUGUGCUAUUUAUUUUAUUGUAGUGUCCUCUUUGUUUUCUAGUCCAGCUACCAGAACCUUGUAAUGUAAUUUGUCUUCCCUCCCCCCGCCUCGAUUAGUUCUGUACCUAUUUGCAGGGGGUUGGAAAUUAUGUAAUUAUAUACACUGGUUGAGUUUGAAUCUAAUUUGUUUGAUUUCCAACGAGAUGCUUGAAAAAAAAGAGGAAUAGUAUUACGUUAAAUACGCCAGCACAAAAUUCUUUGCUUGGUAGAUUUUGACGGGAUUUUUUUUUCUUUCUUUUGUUCGAAGGCCUUCCCCUUCUGGUGAGGACAGCUAUAACAUCAGAAUAACAGUGGAUGGACAAUCACUGGACAACUCUAAUAGAGACGCGUACUGUGGAAAUGAGUGCGUCUUUAAGGUACAAAAUGGGAAGUAGCCCAUUUUAAGCUAUAACCUCAGAAAAAAACAGCUGGGACAGUUCAUUUAUUUUAUAUCUUUUGUGCCAUACUGCCAGUACCUCUAAACAGAAAAAGUAAGCUCCCUCCCCACCCCUUGUUCUCUGUUGUUUGGGUCUAGAAACUAACGUGUGUAAUUCCUGUGUUAUUCUAAACAAAAUUAAAUAAGGGAAGGAGGGAUGGUCAUUCAUUUGGCGACGGUUUCCAUUUUUGCCAGGGAGCACAGGGAAAAAGAGGUAUUUUUGUAAUGUGUCCCAACACGUUUUGUCCGAGGUUGUAUGUGCACCGUAUAGAACGUCCGGCAUAGUGUCAUUGGUGUCAUCGUCAUCAUCAUUAUCAUGAGCGUUAUCGACUUUCGUUGGCGUUGUUCUCAUGCAUUAUUAGGAUUACCAUCUGCCUACUCUUCCUUGUUCUCCUCCUUCUUUCUUUCCUUUCCAAUUUGCUUUUUUUUUUCUACUGACCAUCCACCCGGGCAUUAAAUCAAGUCCAGAAAUUUGGAAAUGGAAAGGGGUAAAUAUGUCCUCUCUUAGAUUAGGUCGGUGCAAUUUUCCGUGUGCCAGAUAUUUGGAGAAAUAAUUUACCAAAUUUAUAGAGAUUUAUAUGGAGACGAAACCAACGUUAACAUCUGUCACUGCGUUUUGCUUCGCAUACAUAACACGAGGAACACAUAAUCAUGCCGCUCAGAUAGCAAGAUCGACCAAACUAAAUCACUUUUAACCUAGGUGACAGCUCUUCCGGCUGUCCUACUAAUGCCGCGUCACGCAAAAGCUCAUAAAUACUAUUUAACAAUAAUGUUUUUGAGAUACUCAAAAAUAUUAUUGAAUAAAAAACACUGGGCGAUUGAAAAUUCUUUAGUUUGAACAUUUUAAUGACGUCACAUGUAAAAACCAACUUUCUUUAAAUUCACACAUUCUGACCGCCCUACUCGCAUGAGACACUCAAGAAGCUUUGCUUUGACCCAGUUACAGGAAGGGGUGUAUGUAAUUGUAACUAAAACACAAUCUAUUCAUUCCAGUUUACGAAAAGCAGGACGCCCACGAUCACCUCAGUAACUCCACGAUAUGGUUUACCUGGUAAGAAGAUAAGUAAACUUAAGCUUACUGCUCUUAGUUCUGUGCCGCGACUUUUAUACAGACCACGACUACUUGCUCUCACCCUUGUAAAUACAGAGAAAAAAAUUGGGAAAGCCACAAAUCAAUUUGUAGAAAGCUAAAGUAAACUAUACCACGAUGUUUCACAGUUUUUGACAUCUGAAAAACCAUUAACUAAAAAGUAACAAGUUACUCUAACAACACAAACUGUGGAGAUUGUGUAGGAAAUUAUGCAAAAAGAACUUGUCAGUGGCCUACUGGAUAGCGUUGUUCCUUUGGUCACUACACAAUCCUCUCUAAAGAUAUAAUUAAUACUAAUACUUGAGGCAGAUCCAGGGAAGGGGGCUUGGGGGCCCAGACCCCCCCCCCCCUUAAUUCUUAGACCAGACUGAGGCCUGAAGGGACGAAAAAAAAUAUUUUGACGCCCCCAACCCCCCUAACCUAAAGGUUUGGAUUUGCCACUGAACACUCUGCCCGUUUUUUCCCUUUUGGUUAAAUAUUUUAUUGUAACUGGCUAUUUUGAUAAUGCUAGUGAGUCUGGGUCGAUGUUGUAUCCAAUUGAACUAUGGGACUGUUUUGGAGACGCCAUCGCCUCAUUAACCAAAUCAUUUGGUUUGUUCUUACAAAGUUACGUGGUAACUGACUAGGUCAAAAUUCGUCCCCAAAACAGUAGCAUUAUGGUGCAAUUUAACACAACAUCACCUCAGUCUCACACUCAGCCUAAAAAUUGCCAAUAUAAAUAGCCCAUUUCCGUGGUGCCCCAAGCCUGUGUUUCAAAGCGAGGCUAACUGCGACGAUAUUGAUAUGAAAAUGAGUUUUUAUUCCCAUGAAAAUAAAACUCAUUUUCACAAGAAAUGUUUUGGACUUAGCCUUAUUUUGAAAGUGAAAGUUGUUGGAAUUCUGAAAUGGCGUAUUCGCAUGCUUAAAAGCCAGCUGAACUUGAACUAUAUUUUCGCUUUUCCCUUCUCGACAUCCAUUUUUUUGUUCGUUUUUCCUUUUUGAAAUCGUAAGGAUUAUUUUCUUGUACAGGUUACAAGUAUAGGGCGAGGUGACUGAAAAUACGUCUCCUAUUUUAGCUUCGAGUUUGUUGGUGGAAGUAAUGCAACAUCCCAAAAUACCCUCUUCAAUUUAAUAUGCAUACCGUUAAUUUUGUUUAUCUGUUGUAACCUGUUAAGAAAAUUGCACAUCAAGUGUUAUAAAUCGUUAACCCAGGGCUAUCUAUGUCUUCUUUUCACAGGCACACUAUUGACAAUAAAUGGAACGAUGUUUACAGAUCAAGUAAUUGAAACAGAGGAUUAUAAUCCUAAUAAGGAGGUCAUUGAAAGGUAUUUAACAUUAACAUAGGCCUGGUAUGUACAAAAUUUGUUCCUCCCACUCUUUCUACGCACACUUAAUACAAAACGUGGUAGCAAUGAAAUUACCCUUCAAUUCACUGAUGUAACAAGCAAGCUGACUUAAAAGCAGUCUCUCCAUCUUGAAGUUUAGUUGUCUGCCUUCUCUGGCCCUUGAUUUUGCAAUUUUGGUCGCGAACAAAAAGAGCGUGAAACGCGAGUGUUCGGGGACGAAGCGCGAUGCACUACGCGAAGAUGAAAGAGGAGAUGCGAAGCGCCAUCUUACCCACCUCUUUUACCCGUCGUCCUUUGCGCUUCGUUGUUGUUUUCAAGGCUAAUACACGGGUUCGUGAUAUGUUUCAUUUGUGUUUGUGUUAAUGCUCAAACUACGCCUUUGUAAACGCCUUUCGCGGAAGAUAGACAAUACAAUGCGCGAAGAAUGAACGCCUUGAUGAUUAUAAGCUUUCAUUGAGAUUUUGGAGUAGUGUAUCUUUCAUGGACAGACGUUCAUGGCUCUACCAUCUUAGUCACGUUCAUUCUUGCAGUUUCAUUCACAAUUAAAAAAAAAAAACUAAAAACUAAAAUCGCCCUCUUUGCCGAGACAUUAAUAAAUAUCGUCUUGAGUGAAUGAACAAAUGCAGGCCGAUUUUAGGAAGCAUUCUAGAGUUCUAGAAAGAAAAGGCCCAAAGGAUUUCAUUUUUCGACUUGUAGUACGGUGCCUUUAACUUUUCAGAAUAAAGCGCACGCAAGCUGAGUACCUCUAGGAAAAAUGAUCGUUGGUUCAAGUGGUAUUUUCCUUUGUUUGAUGAAUAUGAUUGCAACUAAGGAUAAAGGUAAACCACUACAUAAACCAAUGGCUUGUCCAACAUAAGUUAUUUUGUGAAGAAAGGCGAUCCCCUUUAAUGACCCGUGAUUUGCCGCUCAGUCUACACUGUAGCUGGUCAUAUGUCUGACCAAACUUUACGAACUCAUUAAUAAUCCAUGAAGAGAAAACAACGAAGAAUGAAGUUUGGAUAUCGGAUCUUGAUUAUCAAAAACAUGAACAAAAAAAUGCAAAUGUUCGCUUGAAAUAAGUUUUUCAAACCUUAUUGAACAGUCCGGAAUAUCCCUAAAUUUAAGGACAGGGCCAACUGGUCAUGCGACACUUUUCAACCAAUGAGAGGGCGCGCUUGUGUUUAUCAACAAACAAAUCAAAACAUCGCCCCAGUGAUCAAAAAUUUUCAAAACAACGGACGGAGUCGGACAGAAUCAGUCAUCGUUUUGACUCUCAGGCAUAUUUUAAAGACUUUUCAUGAGGCAUACACAAUUUUUUUACGUGGACAGCGUAUCGGAAGCCAUAUUGGAAGUGUCUCGUGAAAUAUUCAGCACAUUUUGUGGCUUAUUUCUUCUUUUAAACAACGCGAUGUAUAGGCGAGAUUUUGGUCGGUUUUCAAGGUAGGUGAACAAGUGUCUAUUAUUUUUUCGAUUCACAGAUUUUUUACGAAGUUCUAGAUAUUUUUCCUCGAUUGUCAUAUCGAUUAACUUUUAUCAUGUUGAAUGUGGGGAUGGUAGACAACCUAGAAUUUUGGUAGACAAUUUUUGAAUUCCGAGGUCCAAAACACGUACGUUUUCCACUCCCGGGUUUCUCACAGAGCCGUGUUAUUACUUUUUUCGCAUUAGUACAAGCCUUUGCCUUUUUUCUUUUCAAGGCCAAAACAACUUUAUUAGUCUUAUGGAUAUUCACGUCCAACAUUUCGCCUCACUUUACCGAAUUUGAAGAUCAUAAGCGCAACGUAGAUACUAACUGCUUUGUUUCUGAAAUUCACUAAUCUGGAAAGAUUUACAGUCAAACCAGGUCAAGCGUACCCCCCAAGAAUAAAUUAAUGAAUUUAUUAUUCAAAAGUUGAAUCCGUUGCUAGUUGUAGAUUUCAGAUUGAUCUCUGCACUCUUGCAUGUGUAAUGAACCGUGAAUUCACACGCAAGGCAGUUGUGAAAUUUCUACCAGCUCCAUUUUCCUGAAAUUGAUGUAAAUGUCUUCUAAGAAGCUUAAUCCAUUCAAAGAUUUCCAAUCUGACCAAAUACAGAGAAGUUCUCGUAAAAUAUUCACUGCUCAUUAAGCAUGCAGAAAUGCCGCUUUGAAUUUGACACCAGUUACGGGAACGACUAACGGAUUCAUUUUUCAAAUAACCAAUUCAUUAAUAGAAUCUUAGGGGGUACGCUUGACUUGGUUUGACUGUAAUGUUGUUGGAUUCUCCAAAUGUUCAUCCACCGUUCAAAAACAAUCAAAGAAACAAGGCAAUUCUCAAUUGUAAAUGAUGUAUUUCGCUACUCAUUGAACAUGCACUGAUUAUCUGGGAUAAAAUUAAAACAUUGCAGGUACUACAGCAAGCAAAGAAAGCACCAGAUGCGUGAAGUCAACACGAAACAACACAAAACACAAAGAAGAAAACUUAAUAAAUUUGAACUACUUUCUAUUCUUGUUAUGAUGACUGAUUCUUUGAUUCUUGUCCUGUAGAAGUUAAUAGGUAGUACCAAUCCUGUUUUGUACGAUCUCAACAAAUUUUCACGCUCUCUCUAAGGCUAUUUUUACACGGUACUAGUUUGCUUCUAUCAUAAAUCUUGCAAGCCAUGCCAGUGAACCCACGACCUCUGCGAUCGGUCCGGAAUCAGUUAGAACACCCCAAUGAUUCGUUCCUUGCAAUGAUUAAUGCUCUUAUUCUCUUACGUGAUAUGUUUUCUUUGAAAUAUUAAAUGUGAAACCUAGACGAGUCCUGUAAGCUCAUCUUUAUAAUUCUGUCCGACUCCGUCCGUUGUUUUGAAAUUUUUGAUCACUGGGGCGAUGUUUUGAUUUGUUUGUUGAUAAACACGAGCGCGCCCUCUCAUUGGUUGAAAAGUGUCGCGUGACCAGUUGGCCCUGUCCUUAAAUUUAGGGAUAUUCCGGACUGUUGAACUUUUUUUGCUGAGCUCUCGCAGCGGAGCACCAUGGGUAAAGAAAUGUGGUAAACUACCCAUCCGAGAAAAUUUGGUAAUCACGUGACCGUAGACCGCCCGCCCGCCCGCCCGCCCGCCCUACCGUCUCCAAAAUGCAACUCAAGGUUUUAUUUGGAAAGAAAUCGCCUGGCCGCCCGGACUUUUAGAAAGAAAAAACAACAACAAAGUCGUGUCUUUUUCGACGUUAUUUGAGAGAAAGAGCUGGAGCAAGUGAUUGAAAACAAAAGAGACGAAUUUUGUAGGAAGUAGAAUUCAAAGCGGCUGUGAGACAAUGAGAAAUGCUAGCGGCCAGCAAGGUGAAAAUGAGCGGCAUCGAAAAAUAAAAGCGAAGAACACAGGAGACAAAAUAUUGGGUAAGCACAUACGACAAUUCCUCCACAAAAAUAAUGUGUAACUAGGAAGUUUUAGUCCUACAAAACAGCGUUGUAGUUGUGCAAAACAACGGCAAAGAAAGACAAAAAGCGUGCUGCACGUGCAAAUUUUUUUUUUGCUAAUUAGAAAAAAGUGUACUGCACGUGCAAUCUGUUUUUUUGCUAAUUAGAUCUAUUGUUCUUGAUGCCAUUUUCAUUGCUCUCCCCGUUUAGCAUUACAAGAUUUAAUUUUUUUGUUUACAAGUAUUAUUAACCAGAGCUUCGCUUUUAACCCCGGCUAAAUCUAUAUAUUAAGCUAUAUCAAAAAAUUCAAACCGUGGUUUUCCCGAAAUCCAGGCACUUCAAAGUUGGUAUAAUAAACUUGCCUGAACUUUGCCUUUUCAACUUCUGCUUGGUGUCUUAAUAGCGUAUAAAAAGAAAAAACUUCGUUUCUUGCAUUGUUUACUCAGGUUUUGCAUCCUAAGUUAUUGUUGUAAUUCUGUUUUCGGUGUUGUUUUCAGGGUAUAUGCUGGUGCUGGUCUCUGUGAAAUAUACAACACUAGCUCUAAAGAACUGUAAGUAACAUCUGUUCUUUACGUUGUUUUUGAUGUUGUUGUUGUUGUUGUUGGUGGUGUUUUAUUUUUCUGAAUUCAUAAUAAUCCAGGAUUUUCCCUGGAAACACAUAGGUCAUACAUGUAGUUGUAAUUUUUUGUUCUAAAUGAAGGAGGCUGAAUGGAUGUACACAAGGAACUUUGUUAAUUCGAGAGAACAGUGACUUGCAUUGCAGUGCUCAUGUUUGGAAAAGACGAUAAGUGUUGGAAUGAUCCCUGACAAUGUUCCCUGAAGCGUUUUGAACGACGCGGCGCUUGCUUUUAGAUGUUAACACACUCGGAAUUUCAGAGGAAAAUGUCAUAUACCAAGAGAAAAUAAUUGUUCCCUCUUGCAUUUACUUCACUUCCAUCGUCUUAGAAAUAGAGAGAUUUACAAUUGACAUCACGCAUCAACACAUCACACCCUUUGAUUGACAGCUACCGAUUGGUUUACAAGAGUAGUCGGCAUUUUGCUGGCUUUCCGGAUGUUUAUUUAAUUAUUGUGCAGUGCAUUUAAAAACUGGGCACUGUAAGUACAUAUCGCAAAAGACAAUAGCAUUCUGGGGCGAUGAUGUAUCUGGCUGUUUGAUGUUCCUUUUCUUCCACAUUUAGGUACGGUGUGAAAAUCGUUGAUUCAACAGCUGGGUUCAUAAAAUGUAAACCUAAUUCAACAAUCGUAGGUAAUCACUGAACGUUUUGCUUUUUACGACGGUACAAGUUCUUGUUUUGGCACGUCCACUGUUGGCUCGGUUUGUAACAUGAUUGCGUUUGUUCUUCUAAAGGCUCUCAAAGAGUUUCCUUUAUUGUCUCUGGUUACGGUCGAUCGCAGAUGUCCAGAGAAGCCAUCUCAGUUGAUUCCCAGGACAGGCUUUAUGUCUUCCAAACGCACGCAGGUGAGAGAUCAUUUCAAGCGUUUUUGAUGUAACGAAAAUAGCUGUUAGUACAAAUUCUCAAAUAAUUUGCAGAACUGAAGUCAUUCAGGGUAAUAAUGAUUCUUAAGGUGAUGUUACACGGGACGAUUCGCAAGGACGAUAUUAGGCUGAUUUAGCAACAGAAGGGGAACGUCAGUUGACGACGGCGCGCGCAAAUCAAAUAACUGGCUUGACCAAUCGCAGAGCGGCAAAUUGAUCACCGGAAGUCGUGUUUAGUCCUUUCCGCGCGCUUUCCCGUCGUCAACUGACGUUCCCGUCCUGUUGCUAAAUCGGCCUAUUUAGGGCACCGCAACGUAGUGUACGUACGCAGUGUACGCACUGCGUACACUGCGAAAUAAUAUAGUUGUUAGAAAUCAUCUCAUCUUUUACUUGAAAUUAUUGUUUCUCUUAAGGCGAUUACAUCUGUGUAAUACGCAUGUGAUCAUAACCAUUUAACUUGCGGACCUAGUUCAAACGUCGCAUUUCACAUGUGCCGAAUCUAACGCAAACGAGAAAUAGACGUUUAAGUUAUUUUGCCUCAAUUCCCCUGCCCUAAUUAUUGACCCUAGGGCUCACAUUUAUUUAUAUUGUGCAGAUGUUGAAGAUGCGAGUCCUUCUGUUGGCAGCAUUGCUGGUGGUACAAUUCUCACUAUAACCGGCAAAGGAUUUGACAAGCAUGCCAAGAAUAUUUCAGUUCAUGUAGCAGGUAAUCUAGAGUUGUUCUUGCUGUUGUUAUGCUUUGGUUUCCAAGUCUUUUCAUGGAAUUCUUGGGUAUAUACAGCCAAACUGGGUGGGAGAGUGGGAGGGGAGAGUAGGUAGCACGUUAGAAAUCACUUCGAGCAAAACCAGUCAAACCUUUGGCCAUUGUUUAACACUUUUUUUGUAAUAUUUUGGUUUUAUCCAAAAUGACGGCUGCUUGGAGAUCAUGACGUGGUUUCCCAGUAAUAUGGUAUCAUUACUCCAACCGAAUAAGCUCUGCGUUUAGAUGUUUGCUUGUGAUUGAGCCCUGAAAUUCCUGAAUUUAAUUGGGGUAGAGAAAUCCUUCCCUCUCGGUCUCAGAAUAUCAAAAAAUAGCGCAGUCUUAAUAUGGUUUUAAAAGGACUUAUGAUUGCCUGAAGAGGAAAUAUAUCUCAAUCUGAAAAUGAGUCUCCUGCGUUCAGGGCCAUUUUUAUAAACACGUAUCUACAAUGUACUAACAAAACAAAGAAUCUACACAAGAUGCCUUUUGUUUCCUGCAGGCGUACCGUGCAAAGUAUUGGACAUGCAAAGUGAAGUUAUCAAAUGUCAAACAAAUGCAGCCUCUCAACCAUUGUCAGAUGGGGAAAACAUUUACCCAGGUUAGAUAUAUGCAUCGUAGUCGUAAAAACCCUUGAAUGCAGUGGUCCUUUCAACGCGUAAAUGAAAGCGACUGGAUCCUUCUUACCGCGGGAUCUCUUAUGUAGAGAUGCUAGAGCUAGGUGUCUCACUUGAAGUGGAAAUAGAAACAAAACUGAAUCCAAGGCUGGCAAUACGGCAAAGGGCUGAUUUAUUUGAGGCCAUAAAAUUAGCCUCCCUCGGGGCCAAAGCUACACUGAAAGAAAGUACUUUAAGAGGUCAAUGAACAAUUGAUAGCAUGAUAGAUAGGUAAAUAGUUAUACAAUAAAGUGAUCGAUAAGGAACAGUUCAACGUUCAUCCUAGCGUUUUAAACCAUCAGGCGAAAGAGUUUUGCCUCUAUUUAAGGGAAACUUCUCUUGCUGUACGCUAACGGCGUGUCAUACCAAGUGUCAUCAAAUAUUAGUUGCCGUUAUAGUAUUCCCUUUUAGUGUAGCUGUGGCCCUGAGGAAGGCUUAUUUUGUUAGCCGAAAUAUUGACCCCAAAUAAAUCAGCCCUUUGACGCAUUGCCAGCCUUGCAUUCAGUUUUGUUUUAAGUAUUAUAUAGUCGAUUAUAUAUUUUUUCUCAGAUUCAAUAAUAAUUCAUGAAGAAAAUAUGAGUUAUCCCCCCCUUCCCCCAUCCCUUUUUUUGUCCUGGCAGAGAAAUAGAGAAUCAAAGAAAAUAGAGAGAUUGAGCAACGACGAAGGUAAGGAGAAUUGCGAAAAAGAUUAAAACCAAAUGAUAAAAAAUGUUUAGAUCUCGUUGUUUUGUAUAUUUCUUUGCCAUCUUUGCUUCACUGCAACGUAAAACCUUCUAAUUUCACGUUUUAUGGAGAAUGUUAACACAGGGCAACGAUAUUUUUCUUUCUAGCUUUUUUGUCUGAACUCAGAUAAAUCCUUUAAAAAAUCGGCCAACAUUUUGCAACUGGGACAAAUGGAAUAAGAGCGAUAAAUUGUGAAAUAGCGCUAUAAUUCACUUUUUAAGUGGUGUUUUCUCCUCUGUUGCUGUCGUGAUUGUUCAUUCAUCGCACUAUGGCUGCAAGAAAUGUUCUUCGACGUGUAAGUAUUCUUUUAUACCUAUAACUCUUAACCUGUUUACAUUUCUCUAGGAAACAGAGGCUUGUUACGAGAAGUAUGGACAAACACAAGACCCUCAUCUGUCUCGGCCGUUGGAAGACUGAAUACAUCGGCCUCUGACUACCACUCGGAAGUUGUUUCCGAGUCAAGCUCUCCUACCCAAGCCUCUUUUGGUGAAUCAUCGUCAUUCAGUGAUCGCUACCGAGGUUUCUUCGUCCCUCCUUCGGAUAAUAAUUAUACUUUUUUCAUUCAGGCAGAUGAUCAGGCAGAGUUAUAUUUGAGUUUGAACGAAUCAGCAGCUGCUAAGGUAAUUUUGACAGUAAGCAAGUUACGACCUAAACGAAUUGUUGAUUAUUGUGAUGAUUAACUCUGAAGGGGUGAGACAGUCACUGGUGAUAAAAUAUCAAUGGCGAGAAUCCCAACUUGUCGAAGGCAAACCAGUUGGCUAUUUUUAAUCAUGAGCGAUGAAUUGAAGUCGUGUCUACCGAAAGUAUCUCUUGCCUAGUCAUGUCUAGAGUUGUUACUGGGACUCUAGGCUAUUCCAGCUCCCUAAAUUAAAGCGUUCAGCCAUGCUGCCUCCUACAUUCUUAAGUUUAUGACUCUCCUAAUGCUCAGCGGCAAGCCACCCGACCACAGCUAGGGUUCUGAAAUUUCCGCCAACUCUCAAAUGUGGCUUAGGUGGAAAUGCCAGGGUUAGAAAAUAGUCCCGUUAUGGUUGGUAGUUUGGGACAAUUAGAUUUUCAUGCUGAGCAAGUGACUUUUUAAAGCUUACUUUUCCAAUGGGCAAGAGUCCAGGGCCCGGUUGCAUAAAACGUCCGUAACAAAUACGGGUACACGUACGUGCACUCGUAACUUAAGUGAGUUGCAUUAAAUCACUUAAGUGGUCCACUUAGGGAAUUCACAUAAGUGGUUGCACUUACGAUUUUCGUAAGUGUUCACUUAAGUGUCGUUUAUGCAACAGAAAUUGCGGGUGUUGCAUAAAACUUUUUUUACGGGAAAAAUAGCACGUAAAUUUACGGGACCUAUGUAGGUCCCGUAUCGUUACUGUUUUUACUAAAUUCAACGAGAUCUUUUACUGAGAGUGAAAAGAAGUAAUUUUUCCUCACGUAAUUCGUGGUAAUGCGCUUUGUUAACCUUUUAUCUGCACUUUAAAGCCGACUUUGUGAAAAAAGAAGAAGAACUAUCAUUUCCAGUAGACAUUGAAGAAAAAUAACGUCUGCAUGCAAAUUUCAUUUUUUUGAGAGGCUUAAACGUGUUCGAAACGACUUAAAACUUUCUUUUCACUCACCGAUGGUUAGCCUAAAAAAAAAGAGUGAGUCAUUAAUAAAGUACUAUAUCAAGGUUACGUGUGGCCUUAAGUGAGCCCGUAAGUUAUUUACCACGUAAAACAGAAACUUACGAGAGUGCUAAGUGCGUUCCAUGCAACACCCGUAAGUGUACCCAUAACGGAUUCGUAAGUGACCUACUUAAGUGGGCACUUAAGUGUAGGUUUUAUGCAACCGGGCCCAGGCACGUCAUCCUCUAACAAAAUCGUUAACUAAGAUGAGAAGGAAGUUGCUUCGAGCGAGAGCUGCAUGUCCAAAGGAUAAGCUGGAAAUCAAUUUUUUUUUUCAAGACCUGAGAUUGUAACACAUGAAUAGGUUAUUGCGCCGCUUCUUGCUUGGCCAGUUUUUUAACCUUCAACGUUUACCUGGGCUGUAACUUGCUUUUUGUCGAACUUAGAAUUCCUUAAGGAAGGAGCUGAAAUUUCUCGUGCUUUCUUUGUAGACAAUGAUCGCAUCCUGUUCCAAGCCAACAACAAGUUGGACAACCUAUGCCGAGCAGAAAUCAGCGGUAUUCUCUCUAAAGAGAGGACGACGCUAUUACAUCGAGUCUCUGCACGUACAGGAUGCUGGGAAGAGUCACGUGUCCAUUGGAGUUAAACUGCAGAAGACACGUUUUGUUAACUCGCAAAUUGGCGCAGCUGUGAAUGAAAAACAGGAGAUCCGCAUGAGUUCUGUAAAACACCCAGACAUACAAGUGAGUAAGAUUCUUUGUAGUCUAUGCGCGCGGGCCGAGAGGCCUAAACCGCGAAAACUUGUCCUAGUUUCAGGAGUUGAAAGUAUACACGAGUUGGAUAUCCACUUGCCCCCUCUAAUCCCUGAAAGGAAAAAUGUUUCUCCUUUAAAUAGCUAUCCCGUCAGAAUUAUGGCGCCAGUACUCAAUUACACACCUGGUAUUGUCAAAAAAAGUUUCGUCUCUAAUGGAUUACCGGAAGACCGAACACAAUUAAUGUUGAACCUCGUGUAUGCCAGAUGCGAAUCUGGAGGCGUUGACAUUUGGACUAAUAUAUCUUCACCGCCUUCGUUUACAUACCGAGACGACAGAAAAAACCCGGCUCCACGGACUAUUUCGAGACCUUACCCUAAAAGAAUGGCAAAGUGUAUUUCAUGUCGUUGCUGUCGUUAAUUCCUAAGCGGAUCAAAACUUUCCUAAUCGAUGUUUACGGCGUUGGCCUGGUCAAAAGGGAAGAGAAAGUGAUGACGUCAUUAAAACUAAGUUUGUGAAGGAUCAAGAAGAAAAAUGUCCACUUGCUAAAAAUCAGCCUGGUUGGUGCAAAUUGGUGGGGGGAUAUAAGCACCGUUAUGCUUCAUUGACUUAGGCCUGGUUCAUAAACGUUACUAUCCAAGCUUAUUUUUGAAGGAUCUUAUGGAGCAAGGAGAAAUAUGCCAACUAAUCGAAUAAUUUCGCAAUUUGUGUUUUUUUGUGACGUCACUCCUCUUUUUUCUAUUUGCGUACAACAAAUGUCUAGGCGUCUCUACGCCUGAUUUUAUUUUAGUUGCAUGCCGGCCUUAUCGACGAGACGUGUCUUUCCUAAACUUAAAAUCCGGUUGACUAUUUGUAGGUGAUAAAUAUCACCAAGUGGGAUGACGGGAAAAAGUUUGAAGUGCAAGACGUGGAGGUGAUAUCCUGCAAAAGAACCCAAGGUAAAUACUGGUCAAUAUGUUACCAAGGUACCAAGGACCCUGGGAACUAGGUUAACAUUCAGACAGGAAAAUAGCAGAUAAAAUCCCAAUAAUUUAGUAACUCCCUGCAACCAGAAUCUUUCAGUCAGUGAUGAAUGCCUGUGGUUCUCUGUAUACGAUCGUUGAUUUUGCGACUAACCAUGGUCAUUCGCAACCUUGUUUCCAGGGUUCUUGAAAACGUGUUUGAAUCAGCUGACGUUUAACUCGUCUAUAAAUGGUCUUCAAAAGGAUCUGUACGACUUACUGUCUUAAACAAUGACGUAGUGUGAAUGCAGCAUUAUUGUCGCAGUGCGUGAAAUUAAAGCUAUCGUUUUAAGGAACCGCACUGUAUUUGGCUUGACGUAAGAAUUUUAGUUGCAAUUUUAAUUGAUUUUACAGGAAACGAUACCAAUUGCACAGAUGCAUUUUCCGUGAGCUAUGGAGGACUAAAUAUUGCACCUGUAUUGGUGAAUAACAUGACUGCGAAAAAUCUCCAACAAGCGCUCAACAAUCUAACAAGCAUCAAAAAACGAGGACGCGUUGGCGUGACUGAGGUGAUCACAGGGAACAAUACUAUGUCAUACAGAGUCACUUUCCACUUUGACGAUCCAACUGACACACAGAUGCUGCUAAACAACACUUUAGGUUCAAAUGGGACAUCUGUUAAAAUCACGCAUUUCCAGAAAGGUAAGAUACUGAGGAGUAUAUAAUCACAUCUUUUUAUGACGGGUUCCGGUGGUACGUACUGGCACUAAGGACCUGUUUACAUGGUGGUGGGGGACCGCAGGUUGGUGAGGUAACCCGCUUAGGUGGGGUAACCCGCCUGUCUAUAUAAUAUCUCAUUUUAAUAUGAUCACGUUUACAUGAUAAGCGGGGUGAGUCGCCACAUGUUACCUCACCUAUCUGGGGUCCCCCAACUCUAUGUAAACAGGCGCUAAGUGUCGGUCUUUGAGAGGUGUGCGUAGAGAGGUAAAGAGAAAGUCUUGACGGUUUCUAUUGUAAGGGAAUUGACUGUUUUUGAAAGCAGUUUCCCACGGCAGGUUGUCACUCAUUUAGAGGCAGUCAAGUAGUCCUUUAGGUAAACAUUUAAUUUCGUUGAAGAUACCUUCGUGGUUUUUCUGUUAAAUUCUCAGCAACUGAACCAUUUGGGUUACAUUUUGUUUUAAAACGGACUUAGUUCUGCGAGCUGGUACUGAAAGCAGCCUCAUGGAAACCAACUUGCUGUUUUGUGUAACGAUAAGUGCAGCGUUUUGCGUCCAUAUCUACAGUUUCAUGUUUCGGAUUCAUGUUUUUCCUCAGGGCCCAGUUGUUCGAAAGCAGAUUAGUGCUUAACCCGGGGUUAAAUUUAACCCUGGUUUCUUUUUCUUGUGCUCAAAAGCAUUUUCUCGGAUAAAUUUCUCUGUUAUUUUUAGAGCUUCCAAUCAUCAAACUGUUGACAAAAAGAAUGAAAACUGAAAUGCUUUUUAAGCUUUCAAAUCUGAAUUCAAAUCUCCCACUAACCCUGGGUUAUCUUAACCCAGCUUUGAACAACUCGGCCCAGAUCUUGAAACAAAGUCAGUUUCUCCCUUAUUUAAGUUAUCGAUACACCUCCUUAGGCGACUUAUACUUUGAUUCUUUGAUCUUUCCUUGCAAGCGAUGAUUGCGCUAUCCGGACUAUCGCAGGGAAAAGUUGUGAGAUAGCGAAGUUCUUUUGUUUUCUAGGUGUCCCUGGAAAUUACUGGUUUAAGCUUUCUCUGGCGGGAAGAACAACAAACAGCAUCCAUAUAAACGCCGAAGCGAGCGAUUUAAAACAGGAACUGCAAAACAUGACAGGCUGGUACUGUAGUUACCAGACUACACAAGAACGUGCGUACUAUUAUAACGGAUUUGAGAAGUCGCCCCAGGGCCCUUUGUGGGGUGAACGAGUUUUCAAGACGAGGCCGAACUGUGGACGGUUUUCCUUAAAAAAUCCAAAAUAUUUGUUCUAUGGUGGACAGACGAAGGAUAUUUUGGGGAGAGUGUUGAAGGGAUACGAUGUUGCAAGAUACAAACAGGUGCAAUCCGUGUCCAUUUUAACUUAGAAUCGCCAUUAAGAUUCUCAAAAUGAAAGUUUUUAAAUAGUGCGUCCAUUCCUUGCGUAUUUCCAGAUAUGCUAGAAAUGCCACACCUUAUAGUUCUGCUGGGAGUACUUAGAGAAGGUAUUGGAGUUCCUCUGUUGUCUGGAAUAAGUUUGUAUAUAAAACUCUCCUGAAUCUGCGAAAUUUUUUGGCUAUAAUAGGGUUGGAACCCUAAAUUGGUUCCUGUGAAAGGCACAAAAUUUGCUUCUUCUUAAAAUUACACUUCCGUUAAAAAUGUCCUACCUUAGUGUUCAUUAAGACACGAUGUUCUGCAAGAACACACUGAGUCAAAUCUGCCGAAAGCAGACAUUAUACGUCCAUUUGUUAACCGCGUACUUAUUAAUCUUUUCCUGUAGCUCUGCUUUUCAUACAAAGGAAAGAUGAAAAACUACAUCAAAGUUUAUAUCUCAUACACGGACACGUCUGGCUCUGACCAGGCGAGAUGGCGAACAUACAGCGUUGUCACUAUUUAUGAUAACUCUUGGCAUCAGCUGUGUACGAACAUUCACGAUCUGGUCUCCAAUGACAAGUCUCUAUUAAUAAACACGCGCUUUAAGACUUACGUGGAGGUUAUCACCUUGGAUUACCGGGGAGUUGACUUUUAUGUUGAUGACAUUUUCAUCUGGAGAGAUGCUGUCAGAGGUGAGAUUCAUUACUCGCUAAAAUGUCAAAAUGCCAUUCCUUUGAUUUACAAAUUAUAUAACCCAAUGUUCUGCAGUUCACAACUAGGUUAACAAAAUACUGUUACAUAGCAAAAUAUAGGACAAGUAUGAACAGAAUUCGAAAUAAGUAUUACCUAAAACUUCAUAUCGAAUGUGAAGAGCAAAGUAAAGAUCCCACUUGCUUUUUAUAUUUAUCUAUUUUUUUGCUGAGACCUCUUAAGGCCUCGAGAUCUCUAAAAGUAAGUAAGCCCAAAAACCUUUCAUUUGCUAAAGCGGUUUGAGGUAACUUCAGCACUAAAGAGUUUGCUCCGAACGCGCUAUACUGCCUGGACACAAGUUACUCCUAAAGCAAUCCGUUGACUCGGAGCUGGCUAUCGAGAUAUGCCACCCAUUACCAGAGGAUUUAUUGCGGCUUUGAAUAUUCAAAAGUUAAAGUAGCUCUAGAGCCUUUGGACGGAAAUUUGUUGAAAACUUUUUGAAAGGACAUUUCACACGUAGAAGUGCAAAAUAUGCUGCAGACCUUCUGGACUCAGCUCAGCCUAGCUUUGGGGCUGAACAACUCAAGACGGGAUUUGUCCCAAGCUUUGAUAUGUUACAUGUUUUGGACAGUUUUUGUCUUUUUCCAGUGCAAAGACUUCUUCAGGCCGCAGAGCCCGGUGGCAACAUCAUGGAAUCUGUGGACGUUCAAAAGCUGGGACCAAGUGCUUGGUCUGUCUCUCUAACUCCCUCUUCCUGUGGGACUGGACUCGAGCUUCUACAGAUCGCACAAGCGCAGGUUAUCAGCGGUAACACCUCAUCUGGCCAUGCUCUAUUUAAGCCUAUCAACGCGACAGAAAACUCGACCAUAUUAGUGUCGCGAGAGCAGGCUGCUACUCCACCUAUUGGUGGAACGUUCGACCUUGGUUUGCAAGGGGAGAUUGUCAAAGGUAAUUAGCAGUAUGUAUAGCGAGGUAAAUUUGAGGUGAAUGAAAUAUCUUGACAUUGAAAUAAUCUUUAAAUUAGUUUUUUGGUUGGUGAUAGCAGAAUACAUCGAAGUUUGUCUAUAGCAUGCAGGAGGAAAUUGACGUGGGCUAUUUAACAAUUAUUCCUCGAGCCCGAAUGGGCUGCGAGUCAAUAGCCCAUGAGACCCAAGGCCGAAUGGGCUUUUGACUCAGAGGCCAUAAGGGCGAGAGGAAUAAUUGUUUUAGUAAAAUCCAACUAGUUGGUCAAAAAUGUCAAGACAAAACAACUUUAGCUAGUUAAAGCUAGACUUUAAUCCUUUUUUUGCCGCCAAAAAGCCGGCGCUUUUCGCUACUAGUGGGCUAUAACAUAUAGCCUGGUAGUAGCUCAACCAAUCAUAACGCAGCAUUGAUGAUAGACCACUACUUGGAUUUUACUAACAACGAAAUAGACCCUUUGCAACUCGUUGCUACUCGGCGCAAUCACGUGACCUGCUUGUAUAAAAUCAUCAUGGUCAACAUCUCAAAAGUACUUUGGAUGGAAAGAAAAGGAGAACGUUAGAUAGAAAGCGAAUUUUGAGAUGACUAACAUAAAUGAUAAAGAUUUUAUGGGUGCUGCAGCUGGAGUGUCUCUGGGUACGUGUGGUCCAGUGACUAUUUCCGUUCAUUCAUAAUUAUGGCGUUUUCUCCGUCAUUCAAACGACUUCAAAGUCUUAUUGUUAAGAGUUAAAAACCUAAAAAAAAAAAUAAUAAGGCAGACUCACUUUUUGGCUCUCGGGUCGUUUUAGGGUUGUAUCCUUUAAAUUUAGCUUAGAAAAGUCACGUGAUCCUACACCGCCUUUAUCUCCAACCUUCGAAUCGCAGCACAAUUGGCUCUUUCUUACGUUUACCUGAUCCUGUAAGGCCAUUGUAAUCCAUGUUGUUUUUUUUAUAAGGUAUUCCUGCGAACGUAUCUCAGGACAAACUACAGUUUAUUCUUGAAAACAAUUUUAACAUCGGCAAGGUCAGGGUAAAUCGCGUUGGUACAUGCGCAUCCAGUAGCUGGACAGUUGAGUGGGCCACAACAGGAGGAGAUCAACCAUCUAUUGAAGUCAAUGGAACCUGUUUAACGGGAAACAACGUGUCAGUUCAAGCAACUACAAUUGAUGACGGAGGGCUGUUUUUGAGGCCAAUACCAGGGGAUAUGCUGAGAGUGGCCGAGAUGAAACCACAGGUGAGAGAGGCAGUUCUUUGUAACUGACUUAAGUUAUAAUUCGCAUGUUUGUAAUUAUGAAAAGAGGGUACACAGCUCCUUAAAAUGACACCAGUUAAGUACUUCCCUUUAAAAGGGAGACCUACACUUGGAACCAUCGCAGAGAAAUCCAUUAGUCGAUGCUAGACUUUAUAGGCGUGCCAUUUAGCUUUUAAGGGUGCAGCUGGGUGUUUUAAUACCGCGUAGCCACACUUGCCAAGCAGCCACGUAACCUCGUAGCUACAUAGCUGCGUAGCCGUGUAGCCAACUAGCCGCGUAGUUGCAAGGGCACGCAGCCUCGUAGACGCAUAUGCGCGUAGCCAUGCAGCCGUGUAGCUACGCAGCAACGUUGCCAGGUAGUCGCGUAGCCACGUAACCAAGUAGCCACGCAACCGCGUAACCACCUAGCUGCAUAGUCACGUAGACACGUUGCCGCGUAGCCACGAAGCCACCUAACCACGUUCAGUUGAAAGGGUACAUAUAUUUUGAGCGGCGGGGUAUUUUGCUGGUAUUUACAUGUAGUGCUCACUUUGUGUCUCAUGUAGCUCUUUAGUUCAAGCAUCCAACAGGUUGAAUCUCAUACAUAGAUUUUCUAAACAACACAGGCGAGCGCGAUUAAGUAAGUUUUGUAAGGGUUCUUAAUACGCCUAUAUCUUAAAAGCUCCACUUUUGGCGAAAUUUGCUUAAGCCUUAUUUACCAGACCUUUUAGUUACACUUAGUUCGUUGGUAUGUUGUAUUAAUUCCUGAAACAUUUUUUUGAUAGGUGACAGUUUCUUUGAACAGCAUACCCUCCAGUUGCUCCAAAAGGCAAUGCUCUUUCACGUUUUCAUCUCGUUCCACUCCAGCUCUCACCUCUGUAUCACCACAGAGGGGAGCUCCUGGAACUGAAAUAACGCUGACCGGAAGUGGCUUCAGUUCAAGCGUAGCAGAAGUGAACGUCACUAUUGGCGGAAUUACCUGUCACGUAACAAGCGCUAGCUUAAGCAGCAUUACUUGUGUCACUGGCCAAUCAAUCGGCGGCUCUCAGGAGAUUAUCGUGUUAAUAGCUGACAAGGGUGUUGCGAAGCCUGCGAGUGGAAAAGUCUUGUUCACUUAUCCGGUUAUCGUAAAUGAAAUACAGCCACGGCGGGGAAGUAGCGGUGGAGGAACAGUUGUUACUUUAAAGGGUAAUGGGUUUGGAGCGACUUUAAAUAUAAGCCGCGUGUUGAUUGGCGGUUCAAUCUGCAACAUUAUCCACUCCAACUUGACAGAGUUAAUGUGUGUCACGUCAUCUCAUGCUCCAGGUAACGCUUCCGUACAUGUCACGGUUGGCAGUGAAGUUGGGACGUUGUUGAACGCUUUCGUGUUCGACUCAGGAAUGACUCCAACAGUGUCAUCGCUCAGUGUCUCACAAGGAAGCGUAAGCGGCAGCGAAGAGUUAGUGAUCCACGGAAGUGGGUUUGAAGAUUCAAAAACCUCCGUUCAUAUAGGACCUAAUCCGUGUAAUGUGACUUCACUUUACAGUACUCUUAUAAAAUGUACUACACCUGCAAAUGCUCCUGGGAUUUAUGACGUAAAGGUGUAUGUUAAUGGGAAGGGUUAUGCUGUGGAUUCUCGCUCGCUUGAAUCCAAACUUCCGCAUUUCACGUAUGUCCUCGAAAUAACUGGCAUCUCGCCUCAGUACGGCUCAAUAUUUGGGGGAACUAUCGUAACUGUCACUGGCCACGGAUUCAGUGAUAACAAUGCAGCAAAUGUAGUGGACAUUGGAGAUGUUCCUUGUAAGGUCUUGUCUAGUAAGAGUACCGAAAUCGUGUGCAAGACUGGUGCUGCAUAUACUAAUCAUACUGUGGAUAACACAGGACAACACCCAGGUAAGAGAAAAAAAGGGAAAUUUAGGUUUCGUCUUAAAGCCAUACAAACAAAAAGUGAUUCCCUUGGCCAUAGAUAUCGAUGCAGGUCUCCAUUUUUCAAAACAGGGUAUUGGAAAAAGGAAAUCCCUAUUUGUGAUAAUAAUGGGGAAAUCUUUUUUUCUUAUAAGCUCAGUUUCAGUUUCUUCUAGGUUCUCGGAGAUUUGUCUGCCACAUGCAAAAAUAGAGUGUUUUCACUCAAGUGCGCCAGCAUCUAUGCAAAUGUAUUGGAACAAAAGAAAGCGUUUACAUAGGAAAGGGUUCAACUCCCACAGGACUUGUCUGGAACACCAACAUGGUCGCCGUUUCAUUGCGUUGGAACACCAAUAUGGCCGCCGUGGGUUCAUGUGGAAACACUCUAAAAUAGGUUAAAAAUAGUAAAAAUAAUGGGCCUCCUGUUUCGCUUCAGUGACAACAGUAAUAACCUGCUGGAUUUGUUUGCAAAGUGAGAAUUGUUCCACUUUUGUUAGCAACAACCUUUAUUUCUUUCUUAAAAGUUUCAAGAGUAUAUAAUAGUUAGACAGUUAUGUAAAUGAUUGGUUAAAGACUUGUUUCAUUAGCACGUUAUUAGUUCCUUAAUUGCUUCACUCGCGUGUUGUAGCCUUUAUUUUGACUGUUACGUGGACUGCUCACGGUCCUGUAAUUUUUCUGUAAGAUCGAGUGGUUUGCGUUACGGGCGGCCACUUUUGUUUCAGUUGUACUGAGGAGACUGGCAUUGGACAUUAAUAGCGGUGAUGGGAGGGAGGACUCCAGAGGGGCAAGAAAUUUUUCUUGCAUCCUUCCAAACAUCUGAUACCAAGGGAAGGUGCUCGUUGCCGACGAUCUUACGGGAAAAUAGGGGAGUGUAAACAGAAUAGAAGUUACUUCACUUUCAUCCAGUCUUAUUUGUUUUCAGAAUACGGUAUUGGCUACGGCUGGAACCCUCAGACGAUUUUGAUCAAUGUUGGAGAUUUUGUUAAGGUAGUAAGAACUGCUUGGGCCCUGUAUUAAAAAAGAGCAUAUAAUGGAUCAGAGAGGGGAUCUUAGGGCGUUGGCCGGGAUGUGUACAUUUCUCUGAAGUUAUUUUUAGAGGUUGUAAUUAAAAAGAAGUCUCAUUCCUGAGACGUCCGCACGUUUUAAUCAAGUCCACAAAGCAAGUCCUCAAAGCAAAAAUGCGGAAUAUUGUAAUGGCGAUUGUUGAAUUCUCCCUAGACAACGCUAAAUAAAAGUUUGCGGACCUCUCCGGAAACCAACUUUGGUGUAAUUGAAGCUUUUGAUUGGUCUAAAAAUAACUUUGGUGAAAUUCACGUAUCCUAAGGGUCUAGACUGGUCGUUUCCCUCUCUGUCCCAUUAUACCGGUUGAAAAACGAGGUGCAGCCGAGAAUUAUGAAGCAUUCGUGAGAUGUGUGGAUAUCAUAAAAAACUCUUUUAAGAGUGCUAUAAGUUCUUAAAUUCAUGAGGAAUAAUUCUUUGUCACGGUAUGUAAUAAUUUUCUUGAUUAAUAACAGUGUUUUCCAAGGGAGUUCGUUAAUCAAACACUGGAAAGAGUAUUUUACUUUAUGUUAAACAAUUUACAGUAUUUCAUUAAAGAUAUUUCACCGUUUCUGGUUGGUUCAAAUUCCCUCGCUAAUUCGUCAUAACCAUCCGGUGUUGACCAAGUCCUGAAUAGGUCUGUUGAUGAUCAGUGACUGACGUUUCAGCAAUAAGUCAUUCACUUUGCUUAGGUUGGGGUAACAUUAGUCACUGCCAGCAACAGUUCUAUGCAGAAAAAUAUACUCACCCGGACCAUCGCAUUCCUGCUUUCUAAAACAUCUUUGUAUUUUGUUUAACGAAUUUAUGCUCGGCUCCAUUUUUUUUUUUUUAAUUUCAGUGGAAAUGGACUAGCCCCGAAAUGUCGGGCAUGUCCUUUGGUGUUCAGCAGACGAGUGAUUCAACUGCAACAGUGUACGAUGGGAAGGGCUUUAAGAGCGCCCGUAGUGGAAAUGGCAAUUUCAGUCAUCAGUUUAACGUACCUGGAACAUACUUCUAUUCAAGUGGAGCAGUUGAUCCGUAUGGUGCAAUUAACAUGAAAGGAAGAGUUAUUGUAAAUGAUUUGAAAACCAGGUCAUUUCAUCUUAAGGUUCGAGUUGGAGGAUUCUUGGCGCCUUAUAACGCUUCCGGUGCUGGUCCACUGUCUUCUAGCUCCAGUGAUUGCCAGAAAGGUGUUGAUAGUGCGAUCCCACAAUGUUCCAUCCAAGGUCCAUUACAAAGCAACCCGGCGUCACUAAGUUUUACAUUUUGGAAUUGUAGCACUCCGGAAGUAACGUCGAUUAGCCCGAACAAUGGGACUAGUUCAACAAUUCUUACCAUAAAAGGCAAGGGUUUUGGAGCGCCCAAAUGCUUGAAUGAAGUGAAAAUCGGAUCAACAGACUGUGUAGUUCAAAGUUCUACGGAGAAUGAAAUCAAGUGUCUUGUGUCUCCUGGAAAUCAACUGAUCGCUGGUACGUUUCUAUUUUUAGAACCCAGCAUAUCCCGUAAAAGUGUCUUCCAUGUGUCAGACAUUUUCUGGAUCUUGUGCAUAAUAUCACAUUUUAGUAUUUACCAAAUCAGUGACUAGCAAUUUUCGCGCGUUUUGAUUGACUUCGUUAACUCGGAAUAUCCUUCGCUAUUCACUGUUUUGUGACUGGAGCCAAGAUGGCGUCUUGUUUCGAGACAAACAAAGUUCUUACUAAGUGGCGUUUUUAACUUACAAAAAGUUUGUUUUUUAUUCUUAUCCAACUGAUUUGGUAAAUACUAAAACAACUAAAUACUAAAAUUAAAUACUAAAAUACUAAAACAACUCGGAGUCGGUUCAUAGCGCGAGAUAUAUAUACCCACCACUUCACCUCCCCUCUGGAAGAUAGUUGUAUAUUAUCCAUGAGAACGUCAUUCAAUAACUGUAAAUUAUUACUUGUGCGUACAUCAUAACUCGUAAUAUUUGCGGAAAAUAAAUAUAAGAUACCAGUGAGACAUUGCCUACGUAAGUUGCGGCAUACUUGCUGACUCGUUACUAGUCGACGUUUCUCCUGUCUUUCUUAGCGUUUAAGAGAUGCGCGUAGCGGAGAUCUUUUAAAAAAGAUAGAAAGGGGACUCUUCUAUGUCCUUUUCCGUUUAUCCUCGCCCCCUUUGCCGAACUGCGUUGCUUGUCAGUCUUAUGAGACCGAUCCGCGACCGCGUACAUAUAACAGAAGACAAGGGACGAGUCAGGUACACGUGCCUCUCAAACUCAAUUCUCAGUUCUCAAUUUCCAAUUCAUAUCCUUUUUUUUCCCUUUCGUUAAGGUCUACCUCACAGUGUUUCCGUGCGUGUAAAUAACAGAGGAUUGGCUGUCAUCAAAGUGGAAAACAAGUUAAGGUCUUCGUUCUUACUACAACCAACAGUCCAGUCUGUUUCCCCACAGUCUGGGUCGGUGAAGGGCGGCUCUAUUCUAACCAUCAAGGGCGAUGGCUUUUCCCUUGACAACAGCCACACUUACGUCCACAUUGGUGGAGCCGCCUGCAAAAUUGAUUCCAUUUCAUACAAUCAAAUCCGAUGCAAGACGUCCGAGAAGAGCGCCUCGCAAGCCCUCGAUGUCGAAGUGAAAGUCAAUGGUGUGGAGGCUCACUGUAGUUCCAUCUUUAGCUGUUCAUUCACUUAUUCAACCUCGAAAACUCCAAAAGUAGACUCUGUAGAACCAUCGGCAAUUGUCGGAACCGAUAAUGUGAUUCGUAUUUAUGGUUCAGGAUUUCCAAGCGAGAUGUCGGAUUUAGACGUACAGAUCGGUAACAUUUCUUGUACCGUUAUGUCUUCCUCGCAGUACUCAGCAUCCUGUCGACUUGGACCGAUUGUGGCAGGAAAACACGCUUUGAGAAUUCACGUAGCUGGCCAAGGACUUGCGACGUUUGAGGCUGGCGCGUCAUCGACGAUUGACAGCCUCGCUGCGGUGUCGAGUCUAACACCAGUUGAAGGAAGCAUUAUGGGCGGGACUGAACUGUCAAUCAAAGGGAGCGGGUUUGACCCAACCGAAGGUCGCACCACAAUUCAGAUUGGGGCCCACUACUGUACUGUUACAAGCGUAACGCCAUCGGAGGUUGGUUGCAUAACCUCCGCUCACUCUCCAGGAUCAUUUGAGGUACUGACAGACAAAUGUUAUACCAGUCAAAUAGCAUAGUCAGUGUGAUGAUACACUAAACUACCUAUCGUGCAUUCCUCACACUUUUGCAAGUGAUAUUUUAGCUUCUUAUUUUGUCAUCCUUGCAAAGGAAAUUUAUUUGUCUCCUUGUUCAUGACAACGGUUCACCGAUUUUGUCCUUUUAUGAUACAAACUAUGAAAUUAGUAUAGUUAAUAGUAUGAUUUGUAGUAAUAUUUGGCAUAAAUACCACUAGUGUUAUUUCGAAAUUGUUCCGUGGGAUGCCUGUGGCACUUCCACGGUAAAAAUCUGGUUCGGUUGUACCCAAAAUUGCAAAGCCAGCCAAUAGGAUUGCCUAAAAUCUUUAUCGAUUGUCUCUUCCUCCAAGCCGACCAAUCAGAUUGUACAAAAUCUGUAUCGAUUUUUAAUCGAUUAGCUUCCUCUGAAGAAAGUCGAAUCAGAACUGUCCUUGCCAAAUUUGUCGCCCUUGAGUUUUCCCACUCGUGGUUUAGGAUGGCUUGUUAACCAGCGAAAUCCUUCGAGAUACUGGCAAGUCACGAAAGGCGACCUAAGCCAAAUUAUUUCUUCCCUUCAUGAUUCUUUUUUGUUUAGGUCUAGCUUUUUCAUAAGGUUUUAGUAGCGUCCGGUCGCGGGCCAUGAUUUCCGAUAGAUUUUUCUAUUCGGAGUUCGCCAGUUUUUGCCGAGCACAGCUAGAGCUCAGUUUUUUUCUUUUUUUAUCGAAAACACCUUGACGAUGGGAGGUUAAAUCGCGUAAAUUUCAACUCGUACCCUUGACGAUUGACGGUGAAAUCGCGAAAAUAUUGUCUUCGCCGAUCGACGACUCGCUUUUGGCAUUGAUUGGACUUCUGGAUGGGACACGGAUCAGGACCUUAGUAAACUUAUUAUACCUUGGGAUCAGGGAUAAUCUUUGGAACUAUGUUAACUUUGAGACCUUGGAAACACAUUGCAAUUAAUUUUUAACCGUAUCAAGAGCAUCUUGGAAUAUUAAACUUUCAUCUUGGAUUAAAACAUUGUAACUUUAUCGAACUUUGUAACCCUGGGUUCGACCCUGGAUAAGCAAGCGGAUGUUUUGUUUUGUUUUGUUCCAUUAACCUAAAACUACGAUGUUUAUUUCUCUUUGAAAAAGUUACCUGUGGCAAAACACUACCAAGAUAUGACCUAUCUUUAUACAUAUAGUUCCUGUUCAGGUUAAUCAGCGAGCAUUAUGCGCAUGUUCUCCAUUACUUGUUUCCGUUAACAUUCCAAUUUAAGUUACACGGCUAAACCUUGUUUUGAUGCAAAAUAACUUCUUUUUCUUAUCCAAAUCGUGCUACGAAAAUGACUACAUAGUGAUAGAUCAAAACAAGAUCAACUCCAUCCUUGCGACCACUGACAACUAUAAAUUUAGCUUGCGUAGCAGGUGUCGAAAGCGGUAGGGGAUAGGGAGGAAGCAAAAAGGGGAAGUGGAUUGGGGAGAAAUAGUAGCCUGCCACGCAGGCUACUAUAAAUUCAGUCAUAAGCACAUUAAACCAACCCAUACAGGUAACCUACUCAUCGAUGCUCAUAACCUGACACAUCUUUCCGGUUUCCCUAAUUUUUCCAAAUUCAGAUAGAACGCCAUUAUGCUUCCAUGGACCAACGCAUCCUACGGAAACGACUUUAGGCGUCUUGUUAUACGUGAUUUCACGAGCCGUUAGGCGAGUCAAAUUUGACACAAUUUUGAAAUAUCACGAGUGGUAUUUAUGCCAAAUAUCACGUACAAAUCAUGCUAUUAUUUGUUUCUACUACCACCCAUAGAAGGUUUGUAAUUUUCACAUGUAGGUAUUUUAAAUUAAGCUGAAAUACCACUGCCCUAAGGCAAUCAAACUGCAGAAAUUUCUCAUGUAGUAGUAUAAACUAUGAAAUUAAAUCUGUAAUUUAAUCAAACCCACCAUCACCAAAGGAAGCAAUUUUCUGUAAGGUCAAUUUUAUCUUCGAUAUGGUUUUGCUCUUUCUUCAAUUUCAAACUCGCUGUAGCAUGGUUUAUCCUAAGUACAAAAAUGAACCUUAUUACAAGGUAAGAAACAAUCAAAGAUAACAAUACAGAACAAUGCCGAUUGUUUCCAAGUUCAGGUUGCUUUUCGUGACACGCUUUCUUGUUUACCCAAGUGAAAUUAUCUUUUUUAAGGUCACUGUGACAGCAAACGCGCAACAGUUCCCCCGCCUCCGUUAUUUGUACCGAAAACUGGCCACUCCUUAUGUCACGUUAGUAUCUCCUGCCCAAGGAAAAAUUGGUCAGACAGUCACCAUUUCCGGUUCCGGUUUCAGCACAGAUACAGCCAACAUGCGCGUUACAAUUGCCAACAAAUCCUGCAGUGUUUUGAGCAGCACGAGCACGCGUCUGACCUGCAAACUGGCAAGUAAAGCUGCAGGGGUGUAUCACGUUAUCCUGCAUGUAAAAGGAAAAGGUCUUGCCGCUUAUUCGUCACCUGAACCGCUGACAUUUACAUAUGAGAUAUCAUUAGUGAAUAUUUCGCCAAACGAUUGUGGAUUCGGAGGUGGUAGAACCGUGUCUGUCACGGGACAAGGAUUUGAUCAAUCCACUACUGUGAAGAUUUGCGACAACAUUUGUAGAACAAUCAACAGCACACUUAACGAGAUUCUCUGUGAGGUUCCUGCUUAUGUUGGUCAGCCAGGUGACGAUGAAAUCAUGUGUUCCGUUAGCGUAACCGGGAAUGGUAAAGUGACGUCUUCUAAACCUAGUUUGUUUACAUAUCGAGAAUCUCUGACGUCACGUAUUACGUCAGUAAUGCCAUCACGUGGUGGAACAGGAGGUGGUGUGGAAAUUACCAUCAAAGGAAAUGGUAAGUGAAUCUCAAGUGUUCUUGCACGUUGUAUUCAGUAUUUUCCUUAUCUAAGGACAACUGAUGUUAUAUAUAUUUAUUUAUUUACAUGCAAGGUGGCAGCGGGUGGAGAUAAGUACCUAUAGCCUGAGAAAACAGCCGACAUUUAGCGAAGCCACCACUGGUUUCCCUGCCAAAUGACAUCUGAGGAACGAGCACAGAAUUUUCAUACUGAUGAUGUGUCAGUACCGAGAUCUGGGUAGUGCUUCUGAUUGGUCGCCCCGGGAAAUUUGCAUCUAGCAAUCAGAAGCACUACUUAACCAGAUUUGGUUAUUGGCACGUCAUCAUUAUGGAAAUUCUGUUCUUGUUCCUCAGACGUCAUUUCAGGAGGACGCCAGUGGUGGCGCAGCAAAUGUCGGCCGUUUUCUCAGGCCAAAGUACCUAUUGCAUACAAACCGGCGUUCACUUUACGGUUAAGGUUAAUUUAGUGCUUUAUGUAUGGGGAGAAAAAAUAUCACAAGCAAGCGAUUAAAUACUGUUUUCCCUUCUCUAAAAACCAAUAAUUCAGUAAAUAACUGCGUAUAUAAACAUAACUAAGGCGAGACUUUUGUUUCCUUCAAAGGAUUCAGUACAAGCCAAGACGGUAACAGAGUGACAAUCGCUAGUGUCCCUUGCAAAGUUACUUUCUUCUCUCUUACCGAGAUCCGCUGUGUAACAGGACCGCGAUCGGGUGACAUACAAAGUAAAGUACGAAUUGAGGUUGACAACCGUGGAAUUGCGACCCAGGACCGCGCAGAUUUUCAGUACAUAGAUCUGUGGUCGUCCCCGUUCACCUGGGGCUACAAGAGCCCUCCAGAAAAGGGAGAGGCUGUUGUAAUUUUGAAAGGACAAACGAUUCUGCUAGACGAAGAUACUCCUGUUUUCUCAAUUCUCGUCAUCAGAGGACAGCUUAUUUUCGACGAAAAAGACCUAACGCUAAAUGCUAAGAAGAUUCUUGUAGUUGAUGGUGGGAAACUUCAAGUUGGUACUGCUUCAAAGCCAUUUCAGCACAAGGCUAAGAUAGUACUCCACGGUCACAUACACGACAAACGUCUGCCCAUAUUUGGAACCAAGGUCUUGGCGGUGAGAGAGGGGACUUUGGACCUACACGGCAGAGUUGUGCCGAUCACGUGGACACAAUUAGCAAAGACUGCUGUACCAGGUAUGUUAACAAAUGUAAUAAAACUAUGACUAAAGAGGCACAGUUAAGGUAUUUCCGGUGGAAACGAGCAUGCCUUAUUAUAGUAUCUGUCCAUUAGCGUAGAAGUGCAGAAACAUGCUGCAACCGUUGUUAGCCACCGUAGAAGUCAUAUAUUAUUUAUUAGUCCCUGCUUGUUCAAGAGUUAGAUAACGCUCUCCACUGGAUAAAUCUCUCUCCAGUGGAUAGAGAACAUCCGGACCAGACAUAUUUCUAAAAUGCUCCUAAAGAAGAUUUGCGAAGAAAACUGUGUAAAAUGCAGCUGUUUCGGCUUUUCUGUCCUUACCAGUCUCUAAUUCUUGUUAAUAUAUCUGAACCAUCGGCAUCUUUUAGCAUCAGCUUGUUUUUGAACUCCAGCUUCACUCAUUUGUUGUGUGAUUUCAAGCUUAAUCUGAUAUCCUUUAUUCUUAGGUGAUACACUGCUCAGUCUAAAGCAUUCCGUGACGUGGAACAUUGGCGAUCAAAUGGUACUCGCGUCGACGAGCCGAAGUCCGGAAGAAAACGAGGAGUUAAGCAUCACGAGCGUUUCCAAUGAUGGCCGAACCAUUGGUAUCACUCCACGUGUUAAAUACAAGCAUAUUUCUCUUGCUCAAAAUAUCAGUGGAAGGCACAUAGAAACACGAGCCGAGGUUGGACUGCUUACUCGGAAUGUUGUCGUCGAAGGUUCGGAGAAUGAUGAAUGGUCGGAAAAGAUUCCGGAAUGCCCUGACGAUUUUGAUCCGGGAAUCUUUGCAGUUCAGACAUGCUUCCAAGGUCGGUACGGUGAGGAAACGGCAAGUGAGCAGUUUGGGUCCCAGAUCAUGAUCAACGCUAAAAUGCAAAGCAAGGGACUCGUGACUGGCAGAAUAUCCUAUGUUGAGGUCCGCAAAGCUGGCCAAGCAUUUGGAUUAGGUAAGACUGUAACUAAGGGCGCUUUCCAAAACUGGUCAGAACUGUCAGAACGCAGUCAUUUUGACGAUGAAAUAGGCUUUUUCCAAGACCUUUUGCUGAACAACUAUCUUCUUCGUGCAAUCUAUUUAGGAUUUGACUGAUCUGGCUGGAUAAGUUUGGUUAAAAGUGAAUUCUUAUUACGACGAGAAUGGUCUGGCCGGUAAGUUCUGACAUGGAGAGCGCCCUUAAACGUAAAAUCCAUUGAGAUAAUCUAGUAGCACUCCGCAACAGUUAUCAAAUUUAAUGUACUGUGUGCAGCGACAACAAGUUAAACAGAAAGCACUGCUUUCGAGUUUCGCGGAUUUUCAUAAAAAAAGUGUCAAACCUCUUCCAGGUUAUCUCGUCAAAAGCUGUUUCUAAUAAAUGUCGUUUUUUAGGCCGCUACCCAGUCCAUUUCCACUUGAGUGGCGACGUAUCGGGCUCUUACGUCCGCGGUUGCGCGAUUCAUCACACCUUCAACCGUGCGGUGACAGUUCAUGGCGUAACCGGAUUAGUGGUAGAACACAACGUCGCCUAUCACAUCAAGGGUCACGCAUACUUCAUUGAGGAUGGAAUAGAGACUGGUAACACGAUACAGUACAACUUGGGAGUCUUCGUGCAAUCCUCCAGCACAUUGCUGACAACUGAUUCCACGCCUGCCACGUUUUGGGUGACAAAUCCAAAUAACACUAGUAAGUCAAGGGCGUUUUGCUGGUUGUUUCUUCCACUGACUUGCUCGGCUGUUUCUUGAAAAUAAUGCUAAGGACUCGUCGACGUUCACUCUAACUGCUUACGUUGAAUAAGAGCGCCUAGUAACAAAAAAUUAACAAAGUGGAAAACAAACGAAAUGUAUUCUUAGUAAUGAAUGAUAAAAGAAACGUCACACUAAACAAGGGAAACUAGUAAUAAUCUACCGUGAGUCUUAACCGUUCUUUGGCCUUGAAUAAAUGAUGGUGACAGGUUAUUUGCUUCUGAGUUUUUUUGUCCCCUUCUUUUUUUGUUAACUUGUUUGCUCACAUUUUCAGUCCGUCAUAAUGCCGCUGCUGGUGGCAGUCACCAUGGAUACUGGUACAACUUGCCUAACCAUCCUGGGGGUCCUUCAUUCACAACCUCCGUAUGUCCUAAGAACGCACCUUUAGGAGAAUUUCAGAACAAUACAGCACAUUCUUUUGGAAGGUAAGAAGAAAUCAUAAUGUCAUUUCCAGGCAGCAAUGGAUGAUUAGCAGUUUACAAGACUGAGGGUCUGUAUGGUUGUGCUCGAUUCUCAGAGUCAUUAGUUAGAUUUUGAGCCAUUUAUCGGCUUUCCGGUGAAAUUUUAGCUGUCAAUUAAGUUUUUGGAUCUCAUAAGUCAGUUGUCUCAGUACUCUCUCUCAACUCUUAGCUGAGAGUGAAAAUUUUGACUAGUUCUUUAGUAUCAGUUAAACCACAUUCACGAUUAUGUAUUUGCGCUAGAGAAACAACUAGCUAAUGAUAUUUACUUCACUGACCAUAUUAGGUAUGGUGUUUGGAUCUUCCAAGACUACUUUCCAAUGAAAGGAGGUGCCUGUAACUCCAAAGUAUCAGAACCCGCGAAAUUCUACACCUUGCUGGCUUACAACAAUCUGAAAGGCUUCGAGCUAACUAACGGUGGAGCUAUUCAGACAAUAAAUUUCACUGUCAUAGACAACAAAGAAGCUGGGAUUGAGUUCACUCAAGUCAAUGCUCCUUGGGGUGAAAACGGACCUUUAGUGAAAGACUCCCUUAUCAUGGGACAUAGUGCUGUAAGUGGAAGUCCCUCUGCAUGUACUCAAGGUGGACUUGUUGCACCACAGUCUUCGCGCCUUACGGUAUCUGGAACUACUUUCGUAAACUUUGAUGCGCCAUCAUGCGCCGCUCUUCGCGCAUGCUCAUUUUGUAAGCGGCUACAAGGGGGUUUCACCACAAGAUUUGAGAAAACGAAGCUAUUGAACUCACCAAAUAAGGCAGCCUUCGAAUGGGAGCACGAAGCUGUGUUCGAGGAUCUGGAUGGCACCUUGACGGGUAAGGGUACAUGUGCUGAGCUCAGUGAUAGCUAUUUCGUUGCUUUAUUUAUUUACUUAUAUAUAUCUUUAAAAACAGACUAGCCGCUACAGGAUUAAGCCAGUUAUCGAGUAGCUCAGAGACUCCUCCUCUGCUGAGAAAAGUUUGACCAUAUCUUUACGCUGCUACUAUUUUCUGUCAGUGGUGUUUUUUUUCUCUGGGGAAUGAACGAGAAAAAAUGGCCUUACGUCAACACUCAAUGGGUUCAGUCUUUCGGCUUAGCAAAAAGCCCUCUAAAAGCCGAGCUAACCAGGCAUCCGUUUAAAAUUUUGAAUUCGAUCAGUUUUAUGUGCUAGUCUUUCCUAUAUUACACAUUUCUUUUCUCUACAAGCUGAAUGAGGCAAAAACAAUGAAUAAAUGAGGCAAAAACCAACAACUUACUGAUUCAGCGACAACCACUUUUGUCCAUAACCGCAGGUCUUCGUGGAGGAGGAAGCAUUCUUCCAUCAAACCCUAAUCUUCCUUCAAAACAUUGUUUCCAGUCCAAAUCUGCUAGUGUGGGCAACGUUGUUGGUAGCGUGUGUAACUCGACCAUGCGUUUCCGUCGGCUCGCUUGGAAUGGAAUCAGCCCCAAGUCUUUAGAUUACCGCCGUGCUCUUCUUACCAAUGAAGCUGGCACUAGCCGGAUUCCCUGGGAAUUUAUGAGAGUGACUCACAAUAGGGGCUGGAUGGCAACGGUGAUUUUGGGACAAAACUACAACUUCAGUUAUGUCAACGCUCCUCAGCUCACCAAUAUAUCUUACAGGUGCGUUUGCGUAGAUGUAUUAAUGAUCGUAAGAUAAGGAUAGAACGAUUUUCGUUUAACUUUGAAAUGAUUACACCCGUACAAAACUAAUAUAUAGAUUUAGCCAGGGCUGAAAGUGAUUUUCCGGUUAAUAAAUUUGUAACUUACCGUACAUCAAGAGAGAAUAAUGGGACUUGUAGCCACUGCAAAGAAAUCGAUCUUGAGUUAAAGAGCUUGUUAGACCCGGUAAUUAUUGGGACUUUCAAGAAACGGCUCUCUGAGGGCAAAAAAGGGCAGUAUUGUGAUUAGUAUCUGCAGUCUCAGAAUAAAAUUGGAGAUUCCCUGCAAGACUGAGUUCAUCAUCUGUGUUUUUUCCGUCUUGCUUACAACCGAAGUGUGCGGUCAACUUAAAUCGUGCGAAUUAUUGUCUUUAAAAUUUUGAGAUACACAUGUUGUCUCCUUGUAAACAGUAGGGAGCUUAAGCAGCGACGUUUUUGAGCGACGCACGUCAACCGGAAGUGAGGUAUUUUCCCUCUUAACAUGCCUUGAUGAUAUAAAAUUUGUAUUCCUUAGCUUCUUUACUGUUAUAGAGGCGAUUUGACUGAAAAUUUGCGCGAAACCACCGUCAAAAAAUGAAAAAAGGCCACUUCCGGUUGACGUGCGUCCCUCAAAAACGCUGUUGCUUAAGCUCCCUAGUGUACGUCAAACGGCAAACGCGAAUUUAUACCACGUGACCAUGUUUCCCCUUUACUUGUCGUUUACUGUUCAUUUUUUCUACUCAUAAAUUAUAAGUUUCACGCAAUCUUUUAUCCAUAAGAAUUGUUUUGAGCUGUUUUAUCUGCUCAUUUCCUAUUUUGAGAAAUUCUCAACUUGAAUCUGACGUUUGACAUUUGCCGUAUACGUGAAGCUUAAUCUCUCUAGUGACGGUUUCAUUGCAUUUACGUUUUCAGCGCUGUAUUCUACGAAUUUGGAGACCAGGACUUUCUUUGGAUAACACAUCCUAUGAAACAGACUCCAGAUAUGAUUUCUACAACCGGCAAGUUUGUUAACAUGACCAGCGGAAUACCAUUUGAAGGGAAUGCGUCAAAUGGUGAUUGGUACUAUAAUAACGUAACCAAGCAAUUGACAUACAUUGUAUCAGGGAGGGGAGAGACGGGCCUUGUGAACAGACAGGUUAAGUUGAAAGUAAGUCUAGUAUGUUUUUUGCCUUUUUCGAGUUGCAUUGGCUGGCUUAUACUACCUUGAUUACAACGUGUACUAGUUUAGGAUUUCCGUUCGCCUAACGAGUAUUCUUGCAGCAAAAAUGCAAAAAUGUUUUUGCUGUAGUACAUACAGUGAAACCUCGUUUUAAGGAACCUCUAUGUAACGAAGUCCUCGGUAUAACGAACGAUUUUCUUUACCCCAGUAAUGGUGAAAUAUAUGAAAAAGAACCUCGAUAUAUCGAAACUUCCUUAGAGGGAAGACAUUUUGCCAGUCCCUUGGCCCUUCGUGAUGUCGAGGUUCCACUGUGUUUGUAAUCCUUUUCAUGGACAAGAUUGCUGUGGACAUUGUUUUCUUCUGGUUGGCAACCUCCUUACUACGACGGUUUUUUGUAGGUGGAACGCUGCUAUUUUAAGGACUGUAUCAAACCUAUUCCACCCCCACCCCCUGAGAAACGCCCAUUAGAGUACCUGCGAUGGUCAGUGGAAGAGGAUUGGUAUUGGGCAGAUCCCGGAUAUGGUGGACACAACAAACAACUCCCGAAAGACGGAGAUGACGUCAUCAUUAAACAGAGUAAGCAAUAAGCCAUUUUUGGGUCAACACCAAGCCUCUGUUUUAAAGCGAGGCUAAGUGCGAAGCCAUUGAUAGGAAAAUGAUUUUUAUUCUCAUUCAAAUAAAUAUCAUUUUCACAAGAACGUUUUAGCACUCGGCCUCGUUUUGAAAGUGAGAAUUUUCGGAUUUCGGAAAUGGCCUAUUAAAGGCAUUGUAAUCUUGGCAAACUGGAUUUGGUUGAUUAAAUGACUGAUUGAUUAAUUGAUUCAUCGAUCCAUUUCCCCACCUUGCCUUUCUUCUUGCUUCCUUGACUGACAAAAUUGAUUGACGUAUUCUUUCGUUGAUAUUUUAGACUUGUGGAUGGUGGCAGAUACUGAACUUCCCUCAAUGAGAAAGCUCUUUAUAUAUGGCACACUGGAAUUAGAACCCCACAUGGACUUUGUCCUCAAUGCCACGUACAUCGUGGUUGGUAACGGAGGCAACUUAAUCAUUGGCUGGGAAGACACACCAAUGAAAAGCAGUGUAUUAAUCAGCUUGAACGGAAAUCACGAUACCCCGGACAUUCCUAUCCAAGAUGGUCCAAACGUCGGUUCUAAAGCUCUGGGUCAGUAAUAAAAGUGUAUGAAGGAUAUGGUGUAUUUAACACAGUGUCCAACCCAAUUCUCAGUUUGUCUACAUAAAACGGAUUGCCUCGCUGCUAAUUUAUCAAUGUCAACGUAUCCAUGCGAUGUGAUUAGUUGCACUACUUCAUGCGCUAAGCUUUUUAUGGCCGCAUGUCCCCGUUCAGGGAAGGCUUAGUCAAUAUGCCGUAUUUUUAUAUAGCUGGAAGUGUUUUUCCAAACAGCGCGCGCUCUCAUUGGUUACUUCGAGGUCACAUGGCAUCUAACAAUGAAACUGUUUCCCGCCAAAAUUUCUGAGCGGGCAUCAUUACAAAAUAUAUGACGUCAGAGGGUCAUAGUGCACUGUUGUCCUCUGCUUUGCCUCAGGAACAUCGAGAUUCUCGGGAGACAAAAAUUAACUGUUGCCCUCGGGACCAUAUUUAGUGUUCUAAGCGAGUCCGUAACUGAGAACGAAGAUCUUUAACUUCCACAGGAGACCCAAUACCACCACAAAACAAACUUGGCCCGGCUGUUGCUGCAGCCCCUUUAGCGUUCGAAAAAUGCUUUUGGUGAUGAAUUUCGAGGGCAUUUGGUGCCUCGGUAUGAUGUAGGCACUAAAGUGUUUAUUGAAGUGCGUUUUUUUUUCUUUACUGUAAGUUUGUUAGUAUACAACAGUCUCAGAUGUUUAUUGGCCUGCUGCUUUCUUACCCCUUUCACUCUCAGAAGAAAGCAAAGGAAAAAGUAGACAAAGGAUGAAAUUUCGUUUGAUAAAAUGUUCAGAAAAAGGAAGUACUGUGUGAUAGUACUGCCAAAGAGGUUCUAUUUGAUUGGUCACACCACAGUAUUUCGUCCACAGACUCAGUAGGUAGAACCACCUCACCAGACUCCAUUACUCACUAUGGGAAUCAAAGGUUUAAGGAAAAAAGUCCUUUUGAUGGUGCAGGAUUAAAUAAUUCAUUUUACUUCACUCACACACUAUAGUUUUAUCGUCUAAGUAAACUGCAUAUCUAAAGUUUGAUUGCAUUAUUAUCAAACGCAGCGUUUAAACUUACCCUCAUUCUCAACUUAUCUAUUGUCUCAACCAGCCGUUUUUGGCAACAUGGAGAUUCACGGUCUUAACAGGUCGGUGUACUGGAGCCGAUUGAGCAAAACCGCUCACUCCGGAAGUGACGUCAUUCAUCUGGAAGAGAUUGUGGACUGGAAGCGCGGUGACGAAAUUGUCAUUGCGCCAACUUCCUUUGAGCCUUACCACACUGAAAUCCUUAAAAUAGGUAAGGUUGAAAAAUUUUUUGUGGUUGUUGUCUUUUUUCGUUUUACGGUCAUGAUUUCAAUAUUAGGGAACUUAAGCAGCAGCAUUUUUGAGCGACGGACGUCAACCAGAAGUGGACUUGUUGCAUCAUUGGGGAGUGGUUUGCAUGGUUGAGACUCUCGGGUAAAUCGCCUUUAUAAGAGAAAAGGAACUCAGCAAUACAAAUUUGUUAGCCUCAAGGCCUUACUUCCGGCUGACGUGCGUCGCUCCAAAACUCCUUUGUCUAAGCUCCCUAUUGUCUUAUGUCCAUCUCGAACCUCGAGCCACCAAUGAAUUAGGUACAUUACGUUUAGCAGUUUGCGACGUUGAAAUCUUUAAACAUAGGUGAGGUUAAAUUGCUCAUUGCCCCCUUUUUACGCUCAUGGUUUGGGAAAGCAUCUUUUGCCCGUUUCAAACACCGUGUGACACUCAGGUGACAAACCUAACUGUAUAAUUAAGUAGGACAGAAGUAAUUUGGUUCAGCCAUUUUCGUUCGGUAUUUGCGGCGCAAGAGGCAUUAUUCGACACUGCAGAAGCAGAGGAUUAAUAAGGUAAGCUAAUCGUCCGCCGAGCCUAAUGCACCGAGUGUACAACCUAGUUUGAUUUAGACUCUCCUUAUAAUUACAAGGGACAUAUGUCUGGUUGUCUGUUCAGUGUGGUCCGUGCAGUAUUGUCUGGUCCGGUGUAUGUGACCGGAUUGAAUCAAUUGUCGCUCUAAGAUGAACCUAAAAGUUCAUGUUAAGCAAGGUGGAGCUCUUGAGUGAUGCGGCGUCUGAACCGUGCCUGACAGAUUUUAUCAGGACCUUAUUAUUGGUGUGUUGAGUAGUCAACUUGACUUUCCCCAUCACUGAAAAAAAAAAUUGAAUCUCUGCUUUUUCACCCGUCUGAUUCAGUAAAUGUUGAACUCGAUGGAAAGACUCUUCGGCUCAAUCAAACUCUGAAGCACAGACACUUGGCCGAUUCAUACACCACAGGAGACUGGAACUACACAUUAGCUGCCGAAGUUGGUCUGCUGACCAGAAAUAUCGUGAUAGAGGGCGCAGAUGAUACUACACAAGCUCUAGAUAAGCAGUCAUUCGGCUGCCGGGUGCUGUUUGGCUCGUUUGAAGGCAGCAUUGCUUUAAGUCGUCGAAUUCGCGUGGAGAAUGUAGAGUUUCGUCAUUGUGGACAGGAAGGAUGGUCUGAUCCACAUGAUCCUAGGUGAGAAUCGAAUUAGGUGGGGGAGGGGGGAGGAGAAAACGGAAAGUACUGUUUUAAAAAAAAGGAACGUUUCAAUAGCCAAAACGACUCAAAACCGCUCAUUAGCUACUCUGUUAUAUAUAUUGGAGACAGAUUUGACAGGAAAGCGGUUUAAUUUAAUUUGCAUAUUUUCUAAAAUAAACUUAAAAAAAUUAGUAAAUUUCUUUUCCCUUUCAUUGGCUAAGAAAGAAUCAAAGUAAUUUUAACGUUUUUUAAAAUUUUAAGUGACGUAUGUCUUUGAACUAAUUUCAGAUAAAGUUACCUUUUGCGAUUGUUGUUGUUGAUUUUGCUGAAAGAAUACAUCAACGGGGUCUAAAAUCAUGUCUUUUAAAUCUUGCUACAGAUAUUCUUUAGCUGUACUGGAUGCUGGCAGUCUAAAGACUUCUUAUAUUCGAGGCAAUUCUUUCCGUGAUGGAUUUAACACCGCCAUUGGGGUGUUUGGAACAGAUGAUUUAACUAUCCUUGAUAACGUCAUUCACCACACAGUAGGCUCGGCUGUGAUAGUCUGGGGAAGAAACAAUAAAGUCUUGCAUAAUUUAGCUGUCUUGAGCGUUUCUCCAGGUAUUGAAUCUUUGAUAUUAAUUAAGAUGUACUUUUUCUUUAAUAAUUCAUGAAGAAAGCAAAUCACUACCCUUAUGGUUGUUGAGAUAGUGGAUCAUGAUUUCCAUAAAAUUUGCAGACUUUAAGCUUUGACUUCCUUUAAGAUCUUAGGUAUCUCCUCGGCUGUUACAAAAACUAAGUAACACCCGCAUCUGCUCGCCUCUAACUUUGACGGUACAAAGCGUGUUCAGGUGAUUGGGAGUUGAUCAUGGAAUGGCCCUUAUGCGUGAUUACGUCAGACGAAAAAACUUCACCACCAAACUUCGCUUUAGCCUGCGAAAGCAUCCGUUUCCCCUCGCUCUUCGCCGCUGGUGACGUUCACAUUUGUACGUUUGGUGGGUGGGUAGGUAUUCUUUUCCACUCCGCUGCCUUGUUAAUUCCUUUACAGUCUCAAAACGAGGCUUGAUGGUAAAAUUUGCUCGCCUGACGUAAACUUGCAUAAGGGCCAUAAUACAUAAUUCAUAAUCCCAUAAUACACCUUGUUUGUCCUAAACAAUUUUGCGUAAGUACAGAAGAAUCCCGAUAACUGGAACUGGGAUCUCUCGAAUUGUUUUUCGUUCCCCUUCAGAAUUCGAGUUAUCGGGGUACUACUGUAUUGUCUUCAGUUUCUCUUAAGACAAAACAGAGAAAAAAAUGUGCAAAUGGCCACUAUGUCUAUAGCUUUCAUUGCAUUAAAAAAAACUUUGUUAAGUACCUAAUAAAACAAGCCUACAAAACAAAACGUAAACAAACCUAUUAACAAUUCUGACGUAAUAUAAAAUUGAUUUUUAAUAGCUACCUUCAAGGGGAGACACGAAGAUGAAAACCAGCUUUGGCACGCUUCCUUUGACAUCAGCAAGACUUCUGAAGUUACUUUAAGGCAUAACGCGGCAGCUGGGAGCGAGAGAGUUGGGUUCGACAUCCGAGGAGAAAACUGCUACCAAGAGAACCCCGAAGGACGCUGGAGUGCAAAUACCGCACACACCACCCUACACGGGGUACAUAUUGGCUAUCACGACGGGCUUCCAGGCUGUCUAAAGAUUGCAAAUUUUGUGGUUUGGAAGAACUGGGACUAUGGUGUAUUUGGCUUCCCUAAGUCUAGAGUGAUUGUUCAAGAUACAGUUGUAGCUGAUAGUUAUAUAGGUAACGAGAUUCAUACUUUUCGUGAUAAUUAUGCUUUGUCACGCAUCAAUACUAUUCCUAUCCUCAGUUUCCGCUGAAAAUAAAGGCAAAACUAAAAUAUUUAUUUGCCUUUAUAAAGAAUUGAUUACUGUUAUAAAAACGCAAUGACUGAGUGAGCGAUCAACAGUGGUUACAGUGCGCUCUCACCCUCUGAUGUCUGCCCUUUCAGAAACGUUUAGAAGGCAAGAGUUUAUCGGUCUUCAAGAUUUUCUUAACUUCACAGCUCAACGCAUUCCAGUUGUACCAGCUGUUUUGUCGGCAAACUACAAAUGAUGAAUUGUUGGCAUCGCCCUUUGCCAUGUGUUUUAGAUGUUUCAGAGAAAACAAAUAAGCAAGAGAGGAUAAAGGGGCUAAGUUAAUUCGAAUUACCGUAAAUCCUCUAUUAAGCCCCCCGAGGGCCUUAUUUAUUUCAUGCAAGCCCAUUUGAGGCGGGGGGCGGGGAGGGGGCUUAUUUAAUUUAGCGGAGACGAUCGUAUCAGUUCAAGAAUACAAAGUGGAAAAGCUCAAGUACAAGAAGGUUCGAGAUCAUGCAGCCGAGGAUCAGAAUCAAAUCCGAACUUCCAGUUGGUAAAUAAACCAUCUCGAAUCAGUCCACACAAAGUUUUACAGUCAUGAUUGAUUUAGUUUAUCCUUUAAUAGUGAAGAAUAAUUAGGGAAAGGGGGGGGGGGCUUAUUUGAGAUGGGGGGCCUUAAAGGAGGAUUUACGGUAAGACAAAAUUUUAUUUCAUGUGCCCUCGCUGAUCAUGUUAAAAGUAUUAUGCCUCAGUUUUUUCCUUUUAAAUUCUCAGGUAUUCUUAUAAACAUCUGGAACCCACCUGCCCUUUCUCACCAUACCGCUGACAAAUUUGUUCGUCUUGACCGAGUGUUAAUAGUUGGCACUAGCCCCAGUGUGGAUUGCCGCAGUUUUAGGAUUGAGCCGCGUAAUUCAGGUAUCACAAAAAAAGUGCGUCCACCCCGUUACAAAGGAGGUGGCAAUAUAGGUUUUAUGCUUUCAUCGUUCGCCUCCACGCCCGGUUUGGCACCUGAGAAACCCUGGCAUUUACUCACCUCUGCCCCCGCGAUACGAGGGGUUGUAAGACUGAGCAAUGUUGGAUUCGCUCAUUUUGGAACAAGGUGCGGUGAGGAGAGUGUUGUUUUCAGCACUAAUCCAGGCUCCCCUGAUGCGUUUCAUCCAGUAUUGGCGCAGGGCAUUUCUAUGUACAAUGUUGACAGUGAUAAGCUUUUUCACAUACCGCCAUCAAAUAUUGGGUGGAUAAACCCCUCAGAUUGCGUUGAUAUGGACUGUGAUGGAGCUAAGCAUGUUCUAAUCAAGGAUCUAGACGGAAGUCUAACUGGCGUCGCAGGCGGAAGUGUGAUUCCCAGGGCUGAGUAUGAGUGGAAUGGAGACCGCCGUAGGGGAUUAGGUAGGAAAAUUUGAUUGUAAGUACGAAAACCCUACACGUGUAUCAGUGCCUAGUUUGAGAGAUGUUCUAUGCCAUUUAUCUUAUGCACCUCAAGGGCAUAUCGUACGCAGUAAUCAAUAUCUUUUAUUACGCUCUCUAAAUGGUAUUGUCAUCGUUUUUUAACAGAAUACAGAAAGAUUAAAAAAGUAUUACCUGUUAGUAUAUAAUGUGCUAAUGGGACGUUUUAAAGAAGGCAUGGCCGCCCCCAAAUUAGCACCGCACCGACAAGGCGCUAGGCAAAUUUGAUACACAAUCUAGAGCUCUUUCGUGUAAAUAUGGUACGGACUUGUACAAGUAUAUAAGUAAAGCUGUCAAACACUAAAAAGGUACACUGGCUUGACUUAUUAUCGUGAUUCUGAGAUGGUACGCUUGAGUUUGUUGGCCAGAGAUUGAGCAAUUGUCUCUUUUUUUUGUCCUGUAGGAGAUUACCGCAUACCACGACCGCUACUGACGGCAUCAGACGGCUCACGUCUCAAUGCCUCUGUUGUUGCGCCACAUCAUGGUAUAGUUCGAGGCACGCGUUCGCAGAGCUUUUGCUCCUGGAUUAUUGACUGGAAUGCAUACAAAUGCUCCACCCUAGGUAAGAAUUUAAAAUUACUGGAAGCAGGGAAUUCGAAUAUGCUCAAAUUGACACAUGUAUGUCUUCGAAAGAGGACCACCAUGUUCCUCUGUUUUCAUCAUUGAAAAAGUAGCAAAACACAUACACUAAACGUUAUUCUCAUGAAAUCUGUACAAGAAUAACCCACGAUUUUUUUCUUCUUAGACUACCAGAUGCUUGUUAUAGAGAGUUUAGACGCUGAUACAGAACUUCGCAGGCUCUCUCCAGUGGCCCUUUCAGCCAAUGGCUACACAGAUCUGCUUAACGGUCCCAUGGAUCAUGGAUGUUGCUUCGGUUAUUCUUGCAUGGAAAGAUUAUCGACAUUCUACUCAAUAGUGGCAGCACAAAAUAAUUACACCCUUUAUUUUACAGGUAAGCAAAUAAUUAGUGCUCUUGCACUUGUUAGCGAUCUGAAUCAAAUUCAACUGGUUCAACUGUGACCCCUUCCGAUUCUCAAAUGGAGUUCUUGUUUGCGCUAGCAGGUUGCCCUAGAGUUCAGUAGUUCAGCAGGGACCAGUUACUCCUUUGUUUACAGUGGAAUCUCAUUAACUUGCGAUGGAAUAUAUUAACGUUUUUAAAACCAUUAAUUGCAACCCGUUUUACUCUCUUUAAGUUCGCCCAUCCUUGCGUUGUCUUCGUUUGUUUUGGCUACGUUAUAUAUAUAUCUUGUUUUGAUGUUUUAAACAGUUAUCUUUAUGUUUUCAUUCAAUUUGGUGGCAGUUACCGUUUUCUGAAUUUUGACAACGCAGCUCCUUAAAACUUUUCAUUGUUGUUGUUUUUCUAGGCACCAAUCCACAGAAUCUUCGCCUGACCUUACUUAACGCAAACAAAACUCAAGCUGUUCGUGUGGCCAUCUGGUACUCCACACCCCGGCGCUUAGACGUGUAUCGCGCAGGCGUGUACAUGUAUCCAACUAACGCAAAGCUCGACGCACAAAACUUUAGCUACAAAAAGAAGGAUCCCAGUCUCCCUGAUGACCAGUUUGAGCCGUCGCUCAGAAGCAUCAGCGGAGCUAACUAUUAUGAGCGCGAAAGUCAGCUGCUCUACGUUGUAGUUAAAGGAAAUAUCGCAGUGGACAUAAGGACAGCUCCUGUUAUACAAGUCAAAAUAGGUGAGAGGGGAGCUCGAGUGUACAGUCAAACCCGGUUAAUACGGAUACCCUGGGGGCCAUAGAAAGUGUCCGUAUUAACGGGGUGUUCGUAUUAAGCGAGUGAUGUUAUUAAAGUAAAACAACGCCUUUUAUUAGAACAUAAUUCUAAGGAAAUAAAAAUAGGACAUUACCAUUGUCAAAUUAAACAUCUCUAACGUUAACGAAGCCGUAAUUCCGCGGACUAAAUACAGGACACACUAAAAAGUCGCUCAUCUCAGCAUAGCUCGUUUGAUGCCAAAAGUAGUCCUAAAAUUGACGUCUACAAUUCGUCUGAUCCGGUGUACUGUAGCGCUAGAAACCACAACAUGCUGUCAACUGAAAGAUUUUUAUGCCCCCUCCUUGCUUGCCAAUGAAGAUUUGUACUGAACAAUGUGCAUUGCUAGGGGUGAGCUCAGUUUGCUGGGACAACUAAACGGACACCAUUAUUUGCCGUAAUUUGGCCACCUCGUUAAGUGGCCGUUUAUUGAUAAUACCAAAUCAGAUUAAACAAAAACCGGAAAUGAAAACCUUAUCCCAGCGACGGUGAGGACAAACACGCCAAGGCCCUGAUCGACCUGUGUCACAACUACGUCAUUACAAUCCAAUAUUUUGUGGAUUACAAUCCGCUCAUUAUUAAACCAAUUAUUUGUGAGUUGCAUGUACAUGUUAUAUUACUAGCCAAUAAUUUGUGGAUUGCUGUCGCCUCAUAUUCAAACCAGUUAUGUGUGUUUAACAACUGUUUCAUGACAAUCCAAUUAUUUGUUGAUUACCUUAUACCUAUUUCUAUCUGACUGUGCGGCUGGACAAAAGAGGACAAAGCACACUUAUUGUCUAAUUGAUGCUUUUUCUUUCUUCAUCGCUGCUGUUUUAACUGAAAUUUUCUGUUAUUUAUUUUCUAGGCAGCAAACCUGUACAUUUCAACGACUUCUUUGAAAAAAAUUUAAUCGAAAAUCUUGCCUCGCUUCUUGGCAUUGACGAGUCUCUCAUCAGGGUAGUAGAGAUUGUGAAUGCUUUGGGAGAUUCACGAAGGAGGCGAAGAGAUUCUGACGAUGAAACGAUGACUGUAACGCUAGAAAUCGGUGAUCCACCGCAAAAGAAAAUUCCUUUUAAACCAGAGGAAACGUAUGUUCCUGGAAACUCAAGGUGAUCUUUGGUCUUUCGUCAAUUCAACUGUCAACGUUUGAAUUUCCUAUUGCGUCUUACAUUUGGUACUUUAAUAAAUAGUUUGUUUUGUUGUUGUUGUUUUGUGCUUGUAAAAAUAGGAACACAACUUUACAUAUUAAAUGUACUGUGAAAUCUAGAGAAAGCCAUAAUGCAUCCCUCUCCGAAUUUCUAAGUUUGCAGUGUUCAUUUGAUGACCUGACGAUCACUUUCAUUUGUCACUUGUGUAGUUAUACCACGGCUACUCCAGUUACCAUGCCAACCACAACACCACCAACACCGGCCCCAAUGGAUCAGUAUAUCGCUCUCCAGUCCUUGGCGUCCAAGACUGUGGCAGCAGCACAGACAGGUCGCAUGGCAUCCUUAGUUAAUCUUGAUAUCUUAUCCGUUGAAGUGACAGAUCCCGAACCCCCGCGGGAACUCCCGAAGGGAUGGAAACGAGCUAUCCCCGCGGAUGGUAAUUAUUCUGUUUAAACCAUCUUCCCCGUAGAACUGUUAGAAUUCUGAGAAACCUUGUCGAAAAACAGGUGGCAGGAAAUAAAAUUUUGCUUCCACUGAUGGCACUUUACUGACCUUUUGCUCUUUUCGCGAACUAUAGUAAGUGACUCUUCGAUAUACCGACCUAAAGCGUCGAUGCUUUGCCUUGCUUUCUAAAUCUACGUCCUUUUUUUCGCGUAAACUGAAUAGCCAUGCCAGUAGCAUUGAAGGAGUGCUUGAACUGUUAAUUGUGGUUGGUGUCUAUUUCAGCGGGCCCAAAGAAUGGUACUUGGCGGUUUGAUCAAGUAGAGUCGAUGAAAGAAGGCAACAAGUCCAGUCCAGUUCAUGAUUACCUCAUUCCAGUCAGACUCGUUGUGUUGCAGCAGCCUUUUGGCGCCAACGAAACAGUUCCUUUCCUUGUGCAACCCAAGCUGAGGAUGGUAGAUGAACUCAACCGUACGGUCAGCUUGCUGGGGCAUGGCCAGCAAGGACAAUGGUACGUAUUUCUAGACAAUACUAACAAUCAUCAUCAUCAUCAUCAUCAACAGUACCGCCACCACCACCACCAUCAUCACCAUCACCAUCACCAUCAUCAUCAUCAUAUCAUCAUCACCAACAACAACAACACCAACAACACUGACACCAAUUACCAACACCACCACCACCAUCAUCACCAUCAGCAUCACCACCAUCAUCACCACCACCAUCAUCACCAUCACCAUCAUCACCAUCACCAUCACCACCAUCAUCACCAUCACCAUCACCACCAUCAUCACCAUCACCGUCACCACCAUUAUCACCAUCAUCAUCGUCGCCAUCAUCAUCAUCAUCACGACCACCACCACCAACAACAACAACAACAACACCGGCAACACCACCAACAACACCAACACCAAUUACCAUCACCAUCACCACCAUCAUCACCAUCAUCAUCACCACCAUCAUUACCAUCAUCAUCGUCGCUGUCAUCAUCAUCAUCAUCUUCAUCUUCAGAGAGCCUCAUUCGCAAAUAGAAAUGGUGCUAUUCAUUUUGAUGUUUUGUAAGAGUAGUCUGAUGGAGUUAAACCAAAAUCUCAGUCAAAGGGGACACCGUUGUUUCUAACUUAGACAUUCUCAAUUUGCUCCAUGCAAAAGAAUAAUUAUUUAAAAAAUACUUCUCUAUGGCGGAUGGAAGCUAGUCUCCAAUUCCUUUUUUUCUUUCUUUUUUGAUUCAUGUAGUCUUUUUUUCUCCUAAUUUGUUCGUCAUUGUAAAUGUUUAUUUAUGCAACAAAAACCAACUGUUGAAUGCCUUUAAGCCCUGUGUGUGCGUACUACGCUGGGAUAACCUUUUUCCCUUAAGUGGUCCGCUUGCUUCGGUUACCUAUUUUAGGCACGUAAUGUUACCAUAGAAACCUAUCCUUCACAUUUCACUCGAUUCAUGUACCUGAAUAUCGCUUAAUAUAAGACUAGAAGCGUCACAUUUUAACUGGAAAUAACUUUGAAAUGGAAAACUCAUUUAAAGCAGAGCCAUCAACGAUCUUUUUUUAUUUUGUUAGGCAUGUAACGGCGUCUAUCAUGAAUGGCACAGGAGACCCAGAGGCCCUGUUAGGUGGAAAUACUACAGUACCUUUUAUUGAUGGCUGGGCAAACUUCACAAAUCUCAACAUCAGCCAUAAUGAUACAGAUUAUGUGCUAGAAUACAAGGUGACCUUCCCUGUGGAGGCAAACUUCACUACCCAUUCAGAAUCGUUUGAAGUCAAGGAGCGGAUUUUGUAUUUCACACUGGUCAGUUAUCCUCAGGACGCCAACGAAACCGUUCCCUUUGGUCAGCAGCCUUUAGUUGAAGUCCGUGAUGCUGCUAAUGGAGAAUUGGUGACGAAUACUGGCUGGAAAGGACGUAAAUGGAUUUGCAAAGCGUCUUUAAGGGAUCAACAAAGUCUUAAAGGUCAGCUAAAUAAAACAAGAAUUUUUUAGCCCAUUGCACGUAACCUAGAAAAGUGGGAAACAGUGAAUUUUUUGCAAGUUUAUUUGACACACUUCUUGUCGUCUUUACAAAGUCUAUUUAUAGCAUAGGACCUGUUAUGCGCAGCCGAAGAUAGUAGUUAUCCUGUGCAAUGGUAAAACAAGGGCGGGUUUUUUUAAAACUGUUUUUCUUUAUAGUACCCCUACGUAAUGGCAAAAGACUUGGAAAGCUUUUUGAUUCGGUUUCUUUGGAGUUAGACAUAAAUCGUUAUUUUUCCUUUGGCAGGCAAUCUCAGUGGGGCAGCUUCUGUCGAGUUUUCGGCUGGUGUUGCAUCUUUCACCGAUCUCUCCAUUAAUCAUGAAGGGAAAAGCUACGUACUGGACCUCGAGGCGUUCACUGUUCCUUCCUCUCGUUACCAGUUCUCUACUAGCACUGAACCAUUUGAUGUAAAAGAGAGGUUCCUGGAACUAGUUAUUUCGCAGCAGCCGGGUAAGGAUGAAACAACUGUAAUUUUUUCCAAUCAUUCGAUACCUUACAUGGUGGCUGAUAGGUAAUUUGACGCAUGUUGAGGCAAAGGAAGAGACAUUAUAUGACUUGAAACAACAUUUGAAUUUGCAAAGCCAGUAGCUUAAACAAGGCUGAUGUUUCCACUCGUUGUAAAUUGUAGCUUUAUUAUAAUUCUAUAAUUUUCUUCUCUAUAGCGGUCAAGAGAAUAAGAUAUAUUUUAUACCCGCGAGUUAUAUUUUAGUGAUGUUAUGGCGACUAAAGACCACCGAGUGUUUGCAUAUUCUGUGCCUUUUAGGAGCACGUUUGCAUUACGGUUUUGAAUGUUUGAAUAAAAUUCAACAGCCCGUCUUAGACAACAACGUCUAUCCCUUAUUGAUAGACACUUGAAUUCCCUGUUGUAUGAAUGGAAUCAAACAUAAGACGUUCUUCUCAAAUUAUUCAUAUAAUUGUGACCUUCCACGUGAUUAUAGAAUUAAACGCUUACUGUUUAAUCAUAACUUCAUUGCUCCUUUAAAUCAACUUGGUGUCAGAAAUCGUGAGAAGCUGUUCUUCUAGACUCCCAUUUCUUUCGCCCACGCUAUUUGCUAAUUCAUUUUAUAUUCUAUCCAAUAAGGUGAUUGUAAUGACACAGUUUCUUGUGGCUUCCAACCUAUACUUGAGAUCCGUGAUACUGCUACAAAUACUCUGGUUGGUAAUCUGGGAUGGCGCGGACGAACUUGGAAGAUACAGGCUACCAUGGAACAGGGAGUUGGGAACGAGGUGAUUAUCGGCUUAACUCAUUUCCAGAUCCCUCGCUCAGGACGUGCGGUGUUUUCAAACAUCAGCUUUUAUGACGUGGCCUCUGCUUAUAAAAUGAAGUUUGAAGUUACGGUCACUCCUCACUCCCAGAUCUACUCAGGAAUGGUUGCGAUCUCAAACACAUUCGAUGUAAACCCUCGCCAGUUUUACCUGGAUGUCGCUACCCAAGUUUCCAAUGCGAAUCAAUCAGUAAUAUUUGGAACACAACCCGUGGUGGAAGUUCGCGAUCUGGGAACUGGAAAGCGUGCCACACCCUUGAAAACCCCUUGGUGGAUUGCAGUAUCGCUUUUUUCUAAUCCCAAGUCAGGGAAGGCAUUCUUAAAUGGAACAUUCAAUGUUUCAGUCGUCAAGGAACAAGCUGUUUUUACCGAUCUUCUCGUAACGUUGUAUGGACAAGGCUAUGUGCUGAAGUUUGAAUCAAGCUACGGCCUCAGUGUCUUCUCAGAUCCUUUUGAGGUAAGAAAGUGCGUUUCUUACAUGAACCGCUGUAAGCGCUUUGGAUGUUUCUUUCCUUCCAAUUCGCUAGUUUUGAGAGAAAUGAAAUACAAAGCCGGAAAGAACUACCGCGUUGGUAGGCGGGUAGGGGCGUUGUCAGCCCAUAGACCAGUAGGCCCAGGCCUACAAAUUUUUGGUUUGAUCACUCUAGACUUGUAAUAAAUUGUGCCUUGUAGGGUUGAGCUAAAAAGAUUAUAAGUGUUGGUGAGGUUAGUGCUUACUAGUCAUGCGUGUAAUCAGCAGAAUUAUAAACAAUAAUUUUUCAGGAUAUGUGGAAAAGUAAGUCAGCCAGGCCUGCAACAAGUCGAAAAGCUGGCUACGCCCUUGGAGGGAAAGUGUUUAAUUGAAUUCUUUUUGGCAAUAUGGUAGCAUUUCUGAGAACAAUGUCUAUAACUAAAAGUUAUAGUUGUUUAUAAUAAUUCCUGUUUCUCUAUUAUAGCCUGACAAUGCAACUACAAUGGUUCCCCUUGUUAAUUAUCAUCAAUAAGAUAAAAUUAUUUUCACUAAUCAGUUAUUAUUUUGGUUUGUUUUCCGUUUGCUUGUUAAGUGGUUGUGUGAUAACUAUGUAAGUCAAGUAAACUUAUGCUGAUUUCAACCCUCCAAAACAUUUCUCCGCUUCUUUAGGUUCACUACGUCAACGAUUAUUCCCCAGUCUUUGUUAACUCGAGCGGCAAUUACACCGUCAACAUUUCCGAGGCAGUAUCGAUUGGUUCCUUCGUAAUCAAUAUCCAUGCGACAGACAGCGAUAAGGGGAGCCAGGGAGAUGUUUACUAUGCUCUUAUUGGAGGAAAUACUGGAAACAGUUUUAAUUUGAAUCGGACUUCAGGCGCCAUGACCACUGCAAAGAAACUCGACCGGGAAACAACUGCAUCUUACCGUUUGGUUGUAAAAGCCUUUGAUGGCGCUGUCCAGGAGAAAAUUCGUUUCACUCUGGGGCACGUUCUGGUGAAAAUUGAAGACAUAAACGACAACACACCACAGUUUACUAAAGAGGAAUUUACAUCAAGUGUGAAUGAAACCGCUGACCUUGAUGACGUCGUUCUGCGUGUGUGGGCGCUGGACCGUGAUGCAGGAAUGAACUCCGAAUUAAGGUUUUCUAUCACAUCCGGGAACACUGAUGGGUAUUUUGAUAUAAUACCUAAUACAGGUGACAUAGUUGUGAAGAAAUCCCUUGACUUGGAAGGACAAUCUCCACCGUCGCUUAGCUACAGUCUUGGUAAACUUUUAUUAUCCUUUUUAUUACUGCAGGCGACAAGAGGAGCCCGCAAUCCUAAUCUCUAGGUUGUUAUUACGCAUGCGUCGCAUGUAUGUAGCCAGCAUUCGUUUGAAUUUCCACUAAGAAUGAUGUGUGAAAUGCACAGAGCGCACUUUGAUCACGCGCGUUUGGACCUUCUGUCACUCGUUAUCUGAUCACUCAUGUUUUGACCAUCUGACACGUGAAACUUACGCAAAGCAGAGCGCUGGAGCAAAAGCGUUUUGACCUUCGAUCGUUGUCGCCCGCACUCCUUAACCUUUGGUUAUUUCUAGUUAUAAUUAUUAUUUGCUGUUUUAUCAAUUCUUUUGCUGAAUAUUGUUGCUACCGGUAAUCAAAAAGCACAACAUGAUCGUGCAGGUGACUUUCACAUUAUUUGAGUAGCCCAAUUUAUUUAUCCACUUGACAUCCUUGUCCAAUUUAAAGUAGUUUUACUUUGGUUGUUUUAAGCUAGCUUAGUAACCCUCCUAAAUUUCUUUCACGAACCUAGACACCUUAUACAACCUGGCAGACAAAUCAAAGAAACGUUCUGUGAAUCGCUUUGUCUAUUUAACCUGGAAAAAUAAUGCCUCGUGCUGGUUUUAAUUUUGCACUGCUUUUCAUUGUUGACGCAAAAUUUAAAAAUCUAGCUUCACUUGCGCAACUGGCCAAAUUUCUUUAUUAUUUCUUUUGUUUGUUAUUUUUUUCAGUUUUUAACCGUAUUUUCUUGUUAAUUCUUUCGUAAUGUACUGUCUUUCAGGUGUUCACGUGACUGAUAUGGGUGUACCUCCCCUGAGUAACUCAACAACUGUUACAGUGAAUAUCUCGCCAGUCAACGAGUUUUCACCAGAGUUUACUCACAGUUCGUUUUCCGAAAUGAAUGUGAAGGAAAAUCAAGCCACUGGAAACGGUUUAGUUUUGUUUAACGUGAAUGCUACGGAUAAAGAUUUUGGACGACAAGGUGAAAUCCCUAUAACAAGAUGAAAACAUUUUAGCAGUAAGAAAAUGUAAUAAGACAGAGAGUAAUAGCUAUGAUACACUUUACUGCAUAAACCAAAAGGCUUGCUUUCCUAAAAAUUCCCCUAACUUACUUGUUUGUCAGUCCACAAGAGGCUUCCAAAGGCAGAAAGGUGCUACUCUCCAAUCCAUAAGAAAGAAAAGAAAAGUUAGCACGCUUAUUUUUAUUGAAGGUGGUUAAGCCCUCUACCGAUCGUCGGAAGUAAGAAAAAAUUUAAAAUGUAAAACUUUUCAGAUUUUAGAACCUGUUUCCGCCCCUGCGACAUUCUCAUUAAACACGUAGUAGAAUGUCGAUGGCUAUGACGUUUUCCCGCCAAAAUGAUGCUAGUUCACGCGCACGCAUUACUUUAUACUAUUUGUCCUCGCAGUGAUCCUCGUGAUAGAAUUUAAAGGUCAUUUUCUAGUCUUAACUCUAGAGAUCACAGGUAUUAAGUUUUAGAGAGCUGGGAAAAAAGGUAGACUGACGCUUAUUAAAGGGGAUACAACUUUAUCACUGAUUGGUACAUUUCAUUACACCGCUGGAAAGUAACCCAGUUUUUUUACUUGUUCACUCUACAGGAUUGGUUCACUAUUACAUUUUCUCUGGUAAUGAUGACAGGAAAUUCCAAAUAAAUAAUAAUACUGGCCUUGUUAAGCUUAUGUCACCUCUGGACUAUGAGACUGCACCCAACUAUACACUGAUCAUCCGGGCUUCCGAUUCUGGCGAGCAUGCGCGGUAUGCUGAGUUCACCCUGUUCGUGAAGGUUGUUGACGUCAACGAUAACUCUCCUCAAUUUGAGAAGAUAAUGACUACUGUUGAUGUAGCCGAAACACUCUCCAUCGGUGAGGAAUUAUAAAUGAAGAUUUAUAAGACAUCAGUUUUAAAACUAAAACGCAAGUUUGAUGCAACCGAGGGUUUGAAAGUCACUUCAGCGGAGCAAAUAUUUGAGGAAAUAGCAAAUUUUGGAGCCGAAAACCGUGAUAUACAACGUGAAACAUAUUGAUCAAGUCUACUUUCAUUUCGGCUUUUGCAAUCAACAACGCUAGCAUUUAUGACUUCUAUUUUAUCAAAGUAUUUUGUUUCCAAGUAGCGUUAAGUUUGGCUGUUGUUUUAUCCCUUCAUCCGACAGUUUAUAUUAUGUGUAAGGUCUACGAAGCCUCGCUUAUAUGCAACUUGUUUUUUUUGUGUGUGUUCAUUUUUUUUCUUAUCAGUUAACACAAACACUUUUAGUCGAAAAGCAUGUAACUGAUUUCGUAUUUACUCUGUUUGAACAAAUGUAAUAAAAGGACGGCAUGAAGAUUAUGAAUAAGACAUUAUCUCUCAAUGAUUCAGUACCUUAUGCUGGUACAAUGAACCCGUAGAUGAAUGGCCCUUACUUUUUUUUCUAAACACCUCUCUUACGCAGGUCAAGUUGCUGUAACAAUCCAGGCGACAGAUCGUGACUCAGGUGAAAACGGCCGGGUGACUUACUCCAUCGAUUCAGGGAACUCGGGCGCCUUUUUCACUAUAUAUCCAAACUCUGGUAAACUGACAACUCAAAAGAGCCUCGACCUGGAGUCCGCCCAAAUCGCGAAUUGGACCUUUACACUUUUAAUCGUGGCAACAGACCAUGGAAAACCUGAACUAUCUGGUAAUGCUACAUAUGAGUUGAAGAUCGACAGUGUCAACGAAUUCACGCCUCAGUUUACUCAGCCUGGACUGUCUCUUCAAAUUCCCGAAGAUGAGACUGUGGAAGCUUUGCUUUGUCAGGUGACAGCCACAGAUAAGGACUUCGGGCCAGAUGGAGUGGUUAGGUGAGUGUAGGGUCGUCAUGUUUCUUGCCUUUGGCCCGUGUGUCCCAAGUCUUGGUAAUUAACAGGCCGAGGAAGCUGUUGUACGCUUGGUGUAUUUACAUUAAAGAUAAAGUUUUCAAUAUUUUUGCUGAUAACAUGAUGAAACUAUCAGCUAACAAAGCUGUUGUUGAUUUUAAUAUUCAGCCCGGAGAGUUAAUCCACUGUAAAGCCAAAUUUUAAGAAACAUUUUCUUGUCUUCGAGAUUGUAGCUGGUGCUUGCAAAAUAUUGAGGCGCCGUUACUAUGGGUUGUAGUUUUGACAACACAAAAAAUGAUACUGUAAACACUUUAUAUGCCACUUGCACAUCACCCAUAAUGUACCUUUUUUGCCCCCCCCCCCCCCCUCCCAAUUUUUUCAUAACCUUUGUUUUUCAUUUCUCCUGGGUAUUACAGCCGUCCUAGGGGAAAUUAAAAACAAAACAUUUUUGUGGGCAAAUAAGCUGCAUUAUGGGAGAUGUGCAAGUGGCGUAUAGGAAGCUAGGCCGGCCCCAAGAAGGCUCACUGGCCAAUUCCAACGCGCGCCGGUGGGGACUGUGUCUUAAGUCUUGGUCCUGAAUCAUGAUAAUAACAGGUUUGAAACAAUCUCAACCUUUUAUAAUAAGGACAAGUUCCAUGGUUUGUGUAAUAAGAUUGGAGUACCCUUAUUGCCCUGCUUAGUAUUCUGGUUUAGUUAACGAAGUCGUAUAAUAGGUGGCAAUAAAAGUUGCUAUAAUAAAGGUAGGCGUACUGUAAUAAAUUCAGGCAUGAUUUCAAUUCAUUAGCCUACAAUUGGAACUUUUUUUUCAUUGCUAUCCCUAACUAAUGGUUCCAUUGUUGUCUUUGUACAAGAUACCAGAUUGAGGGUGGCAACGAUGACAAGCGAUUCCGGAUGGACUCUUUCAAUGGAAAAAUAUACGUACACGCUCCACUGGACAGAGAGACAACACCUACAUAUCACCUUAAAAUAAAGGCGUUUGACACGCCAACUCAGAUAGCCAAUCAACGGUCUUCAUUCAUUUUUGUCAACGUGACUCUAACUGACGUCAAUGACAACAAACCAGUUUUCAAAACAAGCUCUUAUUACGCCGCUAUCAAAGAAACUGCAGGUGUGGGAGAAGACGUCAUUAAUGUAGAAGCGACAGAUGCAGAUGCAGGUCUGUACAUGUUCCAGCGAUUGUUUUAUCAAGUUUCACGUUGUUGUCUCUGUUGUUGUUAUUUUUGUUGUUGGUGGUGGUGCUUUAAAGCUUAUUUCUAAAGCUUUGAAAAAAGACAACAACUGUUUUGCUGAAAAACAAAGCAUAAUAGAACGUGAUUCCUCAAAACGGAACUACUUAUAGCUAGUUAGUGGUCUGUAACCAUUUCUUUAAAGAUCAUAUGUCAAGAGGAUAUUGCUAUUUUAGAUCAAUGAAGUCAUUGCUUAGUGCUUUUACCUAUACACAAAACGCUAAUUUAGAGUACUGAAAAUAUAUAUGAGACAAGUUUCAUCUGGGGGCACUAACCGUAAUAAUUUUGUAGAUGAAUUUUGCAGGCAUGGCAUCAAAACUUCAAAAGUUGGCCCAAAAUUUUUCAAGUUUCAAUCCAUUUUCAGUCCAUCCGUGCCAUCCGUGCAACAGUUGACCUACCGGAAACAGCAUUCAGUGCCUAAUUACAGUCUUAACUAACAAAAUUGGACCAUUAUUUUUAAAAUUGAGUUGAUGGGAAGACAAAUUUUAGCUUUUCAAAAAUAUAGCAAUAGCGUGACAUAGUUCCUUUAAGAAGCGUUAAACUGUCCUCAGAAUUUGGAAAAAACAUUGUUCAAUUAUUUUGGGGGGGGCGGGGGGGGGGUGGGUGUUGGUUGGAUUUUCUUUUAUUGCUACUACAUACGUUUGCAUCAUUAACACUUGAAAUAAAGAAACUUUCUUAUCUUAGCUAUUUACGUUCGAGGUAUAUAACAUUCUGACUCAGUAAAGUACUGACCGAACAGCGAAAUGAGAGUUUUGUCGUUUAUUUCUGACAAAGGUGUAAUUUAAUGUUACAGGGACAAAUGGACAAAUUGAAUACAAAAUCAAGUCUGGUAACAGUCAUGAAUUCUUUGAAAUCAACGCCUACACUGGAAUGAUCAAAGUCAAAAAGAGCCUUGAUCUGGAAACACAGCAGCACCUACAAGAUCUGCUAUACACCCUCACCAUCGAGGCGUACGACAAAGGCUCCCCGUCAUCGCUUAGCAACGUUGUUCUGGUUACCAUAGAGAUACAGAGCGUAAACGAGUUCGCGCCAAAACUCCAACACCCGGAUAGUAUUUACGUGAAAAUUCCAGAGAACAUUGCUGUUGGUUCUAAAAUUGCCAACAUUAAUGCCACAGACAAAGACUAUGGAAUAGAUGGACAACUUACUUACUCCAUAUUUUCCGGCAAUGAAGACAAUAAGUUUGCUAUCAACUCCAACACGGGCGUUAUAACGAUAAAUAAUGAGCUGGAUUAUGAAACAGUCGUAAGGUAUACCCUUUCUGUAAGAGUUAGCGACAACGCUCCACCUGCCCAGCGGCGUUCUACCGUUGCCAAGGUAACAGUUCGCCUAACUAACGUGAAUGACAGUGGAGGGGUGGACGUACUGAUACAGGAUGUGAGGAACAGGAUAACGCCCCCAGGGGACCCUGCAGAGGUGGUUGGCGUAGCAACAAGUAGCCCCAUAUCAGUGGUUCUGCUGUAUGAAAGCGGUAAGUGAAACCAAAAAUGCAGUCACGUUCUACUGAGAAAACUAGGUACAGCUACAACACCUAUCAUGAACUGAAAAAUGUUAGUGACAAAACACUUAAUCAACAGCGAUUUACUUAAGCACGAGAGUCUUGAAACUCAUUAAACAAGUUCGCUUAAUUUGCGACUUUUGGUCUUGAGAAAGACGUUAGGAUGACGCCGAACCGUCGACUUUUUACGCCCAAUCUACUCGUUUUUGUUUUACUGCAAAAGGUUCCCUUAAGUUCAAGCAUGGGGAAAAUUUAUGAAGUUUGGUAUAUACUUGCAUCGGCCAAAGGUUAUUUUUAUCCUUCUCCUCUAGCUGUUAAUUGGAGGCGUGUGUGGCCGAGCGGUUAACACCUCGAACUCUGGAUCUGGAGGUCCGGGGUUCAUAGCCUCGCCUGUCGCGUUGUUUCCUUAGACAAGGAACUUUAGUCCCCUUUGUCUCUCUUCACCCAGGUGUAUAUAUGGGUACCGGCGACAUACCUCUGGGGGGGUAACCCUGCGAUAGACUAGCAUCCCGUCCAGGGGGGAGUAGCAAUACUCCUAGGUGCUUCAUGCUAAUGAAACUGGGAUAAGCUCCGGUCGUUUGGGCCUUUGGCUCGUGUAUGCCUCUACCUUUAUCUCUAGCUGUCAAUUAGAUUAAAACCUGCUCCAUGAGUAUAAGUUAGAAAAGAAAUAUUUUUUUCACCAUUAUAUCUUCCCUGCCUAACAGGAAAACAAGAAAAGCUAUCAGCUACAGACAGCAGAUUGACAUUUGACGACAACUCCGAAUCACGUGGUCUCUUCAGAAUUGUCCAGAUCGACGGAAAGAAGGUCAUAGAAGCAAAUCGCGCUGGUCGGCCGGGUCAAGGCGUCCUGAUCGUUCGAGUUCAUAACGUUUACAAUGUCCGCGUUAAAAUAGACGUUGUUGGGUAUUCCUCAUUAAAACUGAGAGCGGUACCCUAUCCUCUGGUCAAUCCAUCAAAUGUCACUUUGUCUUCUUUAAAGCGAAUUGGUAGUUACCUUGGAAACUACCAACAGGCUGCUCUACAGAUCUACCUCCUUUUGACUGACAAUUCUACCUAUGACGUUUCCAUGAUGACGUCCGCAUCGUUCGAAGUCGUCAGCAAUGACGUAGGAGUUAAAGUUUCGCUCGGUCCCAAUCCUAAGAAUUUAUUAUCAGCAGACAAGCAAAGCGCCGCUGGAUGGAUCAGCAUUUCUGGAAAGUUCUCUGGUAAAAUAUCCCCAAGUUUUCAUCUUGAAGUUUCAACGGAUGUAAUAUCUGUGAAUCACAUCCUCGCUGUGGAAUUAAAUGGCCUGAGAAAUCAGACUCUCGUUGGACUUGCGCAUUCCACGAAGGCUCAGAUUCAAGGUGAUUUUCUUAUGAAUGACAGCUCCGUCCUCAGAAUCCAGGAUUUUGUCAAGUUCUCCGAUCUUGUGACGUUUACGAUCAGUAACGCGCAUGCGGCUUCCGUUGAUUAUAAGUCUGGUGUUGUCACGUUAAAUUCAGACUAUGGUGACAUCGUGACCGUGACAGUAACACCACUUCAAGGUAUUGCCAAACAAAAGUUUGUGCACUUUUAUUGCAAUACCAUCCCACCAGUUGGAGGUGUUGAUAUUGGCCUGGAGGUCGGACCAGCAUUGCCACCAAUAUCGGCUAACCAUAGAAUUGCAAUCCCUGUACGCGUGAAUCCUGGAAUGUCCAAACUUCUUGCAUAUGAUGUAAAGAUAUCAUACGACUUCAACAAAGUUCGCCUUGUUGCGAUAAAGAGAGCUAAGGUUUACUCGCACACGGAGGGACAAUUGCAUCUAGCCGACGUCACGAACCCUGAUAACAUAAGCUCGCAUAUUGCAGAUUUGAUUUUCGACACCAAAUCUGGAGGAGUGCUUAAGAUUCAGGCCUCAGUGAGCAUGUUAAUUGACCAAAAGCUUGGCUUCAUCGGCGUAGGCAACAACAAACCAGCUAUCCAGCAAUGUGCGGAUCUGCCGCUGGGUGAUGUGACCGCAGAUUGUGUGUUUGAUAUUCAGGACGCCGCUUAUACGAUGGCUUACAGUUUGGCACAGGAAAGGAACUUCAUUGGCGAAUUUGAACAAAGUUUGUUCAAGAAAACGACUGCAAAAAUGGUAUUAAAACUUCAUGCAUAAUAUCUACGCGUAGACAUCAAAGUCUCAUCACUAUGUCUCAGUUCAUUUCACCGGAAAAAAUAUAAACUUCUAAAUAAUGAAUAAAUAAUAGAGACUUGUGACAACGAAUGAAAGGUUUCCGAUUAUGAAAUUGCAAACUACAACAGCUUAUUGACCCGCUCACGCACUGUCAACAGAGAGGGUGCAACAUUUAGGUGGUGUAGUUUGGUUAAAAUCUCCCGCCCUUUCCCACUGCAUCCCAACCUUUUAUUCUAAACUAUUUUACCUUUUCUUGAGAAAGAAAAAAUAAGAUGUUUUUCUUUCUUGGAAUAUGGGGGAGGGGAUACGAGCUAAUCACCGGGGUGGGGGAGACUCCGCAUAUGAAAUGGGUGGGGAUGCUCGUCGUCUCGCUUAGGAGUGUAAAUUUCGGAUUUUGGUGUCACUUAGGGUGUUCUGGGCAAAAUGCCAUCAUAUUUAGCCGUGAAGGUCUCGUUUAAGGUUGCAAGGGAAAAGAGUAUAAAAAUGUAUAUUUGAUAUGUAUAUUUUUUUCGUCUCGUUUAGGGGUCAAAAAACGCAUGGGCCACGCCCAGAUCGGUCUCCUUUAGGGGUGUAAUUCAAAAUUUCCGACGAGCAUCCCCACCCCUUUCAUAUGCGGAGUCCCCCCCCCAGGGGGCUAAUCAUCGCCUCCUGGCUCUACCAGGGGUUGAGUUUGUUGUUGGUGUUCCCCUCCCCUCAAAAUAAAAAGUUUCUAAAUUCCAAUUCGACCAGGAAUCAGGUGGACUUUGAACCACUAUUUGGGUGUGCUGCCUCUACAUUAUUAUUUAUUUGCAUCCUCCGAUAACAUUCGCAAAUCUCGUUUUUCGGGAAAUAAAGUUUUACAUAACUUUAUCGCCAUUAAAAGUGUUUCUUUUGUUUGUCCUAAAGGUAACGGCGAUGGACUUCAAUGUCAAUGGAGAUGUAGAACGAAACGACGCCUUCUUAUUAGCCCGUGCAAAUUUGGACAUGGCACGUUUUAUACGCAACUGGCGCGUCGCCACUCCUGACCAUCAGAACGAGACGACCAAAUGCGAAUUUAAAAUUACGAUAAAGCUGAGCAAAAGAUCAGGGAGACCAGAAACCAACACUAAAGUGUUCUUCGAAUUUGCAAGUGGACAAACUAUCUUAAGUUCGCAACUCAAAAACACUGAAUUCGAUGCUGGAGAACUGGUGAGAACUUACGAUAACUUAGGCAAAUUAUUUGGAGGCAUCGUAAAAGCUCAGAGUCGAGGUGACAGCUUUCACAUAGAGGCCAAAAAAUCGCAGAUGGAAAUAUUUAACAUGGGACUGUCCGUGAUUGUUGUUACUGAAGACUCUCAGCGGCUGGAACCGAUAGUCACUCCAUAUUUCAUAUAUGCCCGUCCACCGAUGUUUUCCUCUGAGUUGAGCGUAAAUUUGGCGCCAAAUCUGGCCUGGGUUUUAAAGAAUGGCCACUCGCCACAGUUAAUGGUUAACAUUACGGAGUCGUACGAGUCUUGCCAAGACCCACCAGUUAUCAACAACGUCAUGAUAGUCUUUCAAAAUGAUUACAAAGACGUCCAUGGCAAAGAGGAAACUUUCAUUAAAGUAAUGAUAAAGCACUUUACUGAUCGACUUCCACUAAUAAAGAUUGAAAAAGUCAGACUGGCAGCAGGGAGUAUCAUAGUGUAUUUUGACGUCAUCGCCCCGAAAUCCCGGAUGGAAAAUACCCUCCUUGAAUUGUGGGACAUGGUUAAGUCUGGUUACACCCUGCAAGUAAAUGACACCAAGUAUCGAGCUAAACCAGUCAUGCGCGUUGGAAGUAAAGAUUAUCAAGGCAAUGAUAAACCCGAAAAAGCCGACGAAAGUGCCUCCAAAUUUCCUGUGGGUGCCAUUGUUGGAAUUUGCGUGUUGGUUACCCUUGCUGUUAUUGUUACAGUGGUUUGUUUCUGCUACAAGAACCGUUUGAUGAAAAAAAAGGAGGGUUUUAAAUGGAAGAGCGUAAGUAAAAUUAGUAUCCUCGACUCGCGUUCAACCUCUCGCAUGAGCGAAGAGAUUAGGGAUCAUGAGAUGAUUCUGUUCAGCGGGUUAUCCAAUGACAAUUUUCACUCUUCAGACGAUGAUGCAUUCCCAUCUCCAGUACCAUCGCCAAGCAUCCCCCGGGUGCAGAUCAUAAAACCGGAAGAGAACUUUUUCAAACGGAGGUCAAGGCAAGUAGAAUCCACGUCUUCCCAAGUGUCCCUAGAAGCCUGGACUGGUGACAGCUCUCCAGUGCUUAUACGACGUCAAAUGGAGUUAGGUCGACCGUCCCCUCAGUUACUAGUGCCCUCUUCAAAAUUGAGGGGGCCUUCGCCUGUGGGAAGACCUCAAACCAAGCGCUCAAGCAAUAGUGAGCUUCUAACUCAAGAGACCUCAUCCGCUGAAGGCUCUCCUCUCGAUAUGACCCCGCAAAGUUCCAGGCGCAGCAAGUCACCGAAUAAAAGAUGUUUGAUGGUUCAAAACAGCAUGAGCGCGAGUGACUCAUCUGACGAAGAGCCUGCGGUCCGAAGCAGGCCGACCUCGUCUGCUAACACGUAUGCCUCUGGUGGAAGAUCUGUGACACCUCAAACUAGCGGCUCAAAGUUGGCAGAUAAUGGCCGGAGAUCUCUGUCUCCUCCAGCUAGUGGCUCAAAGUAUAAGGACCAUGGCUCGGAGGUAUUUACAUUUGAUAAACCUGUGGUGUACCGAAAGCUGAAGUCACAGGAAAGCGGAUCGAGAAAUUCAUGUAAGACUGAGUUUGUUGAAAAUUUAUACACUAACCAUCAGUAUUUUAUUGUCUUUCUUCUGUUCUCUUUUGGAAUUUUGCAAGUGUCUGAAAAAGUCGCUGACUUAUAACGGAUGGGGGAUGAGGGACGGAGGAAAAGGGAAUAUUUUAUAACGGGGCCCUGUUCCAUGACCCUUCCGUGCAUUUUACUAUAAUUUUGGCGAAAAAUAUCUUCCGUAAGUCCCCUUCUUGGAUAAAGCUUCUCAUUUAGCUUGUGUUCAUUUAUUUGCAGCUCAUAAUGAGUCAGGUGACUCGACCCGGUCAGGUUCAGGCCACAGUACUCCCAAAGUGAGUGUUACUUCUCUUCCGCCAGGAUUUGUAGGAGACAGUAACGACGGAAACGACAUCACCAUAGAAGGUAUUGGGUUUACAAAGGUGUUCAUUGUCCUGGGAACAAAACAAUUUUAUAGCGGUACCCCAUUGUUAAGACAAUUUGGCUCUCUAUCCAUCCAAGAAAAUUUGGUUAUGACGUCAGCGUACGUCCACCCGUACGUACAGACUCUGGAGGAGUGGGAGAGGAUGGGGAGGGAGUUUGAAAAGAGCUUGAGUGGGAAGUGGAAACGCCCUUUUUUGGCGGGAAAUCGCGCUUCUGGGCCAUGGGCAGCCCGCGCUUUUCUUGGCGGGAAGAAACACGCCCCGACGUGUAAAGGGAAAAAAACAUCAACAAAGCCGAAUCUUUCUUUUGACUAAAUUUUAAUGCCUACUUUAUCGUAAGAGCGUGAAAUAAAAAAACAACUGAGACCAAUUUCGUUUGAAGAAAAACAUGAAAAUUUGAUAGCGGCGGUGAGAAAAUGAGAGAUGCAAGCGGCCACCAAGGGGAAAAUGAGCGGCAGUGAAAAAAAAGGGGGAACAGGAACACAUGAAACAUUUCCUCCAUAAAACGUGUAACUAGGAAGUUUCUGGAAAUUUCACGUUGUGCAAGACAACGGCAAAGAAAUGUACCAAAAAAAGUGUGCUGCACUUGCAAAGUUGUGUUUUUUGCUAAUUACACCUAUUUUUGUUGUUGUUUUGCUUUUGUUUUCGUUCUCGUUGUCUUCACCAUUUCUUUAGCAUUACACGAUUUUAUAUUUUGUUUGAGUAAACUAUUAAUAUUGAAGAGAGCUUCGCUUUUAGCCUUGGCUAAAUCUGUACAUUACAUGACGGUAGACUUUAUGGACCUUUCUCAAAAUGGUUGCCCUGGAGAAAAUGUUCAACCAGUCACACGCACUACCCUAGGGUUAGAUACAUUAUGCUCCAAAAUUCGAAAACAACGGCAUUAUGCCUAAAAUUUUGCUCGAAAAGUAGCAUUAUGCUCGACGAUCUUGGUUAUAUUUGAUGCCCUUUUCCAUGCCUGCAGACAAAAAAAUACCUCCAUAAGCCAGAAACAUAAUAUCUUAUUGCAUCAAUUACAAUUACAAGAAAUAAGCGACAAAUAAUGCUCAAAAGCACUUAAAAAUGUCUUAUUUUAAUGAACUCCCUAGGCUUGAUGAUGCAACGGCGCAACCAGGCCUUGAAAGUAGCAGCCAAGCCUUUGAAUGAGUUAAUUUCUUAAUAAAAGCAUUUGAAAGUGAAAAUGGCUCAUAACAUUUAUGGAAAUAUUAGUUUCAUCGUCAUUAUUAUUUAUCUCUUUAUGCUGAAAAAAAAAAUGCCCAUUACGCCGGCAUUUUGCUCGAUGCUCGGACUAUAGCAUUACGCCCAAAAUUAUGCCGGCGUUUUGUAUCUAACCCUACACUACCCUGAUCUGGGUAGUGACACGUCAUCAGUAUGGAAUUUCUGCAGUCGUUCAUUUCGCGGGGGAACAUGGUGCUGUCGCGAAAUUUUUGCUGGUUUGUUUUUUUGUACGUCUGCCUGGUACAUUCUGAAGUGUCCUGCUUUAUUUCCCCGUUUUGCUAAAAUUCAUAUCUUCUCUUUUUCGACAGAGGAAUCAUACACCGUAAGACUACCUGUCAACAUUCUUAACACCGUGAAAGAAGGUGAAAGCGGAAAACCUUUCACCAAAAUCGGCUUCAUCGAGUUUCCUAGCAACGCAACAUUGAGCGAGAUCCGUAAAAAACUCAAGAAAGACUUUGCGGAAAUCCUUCAAAGCAAGCCCUUCCUAUUUCAGGACGCCAUGAUGGCGGAUGUUGAACCAUCGAGGGAAGAAGCGACUAAAAGCAUAUACAACUUGUCAGUCAUCAUUAGAUUUACCAAUGAGCAAGGUAAUAGUAGUAUCAGUAUUGAAAGUUUAUUUCACUUUUGUAACCUGCUGGAAUAAUUAUUUUCCUGCCACGGAAAUAUAACCAAUAAUGAUAAAGGUGAGGUUGCAAGGAGAAUGUGGGGUGUGAAAUGUAGAAAGCGAGAGGUGUUUGUUUUUGUAGAAAAAAUAUAAAAGAAAAUGUAAAGAAAACAAAGGAACAUUUUUUUUCUUCAAGAAAUCCUUGGCAAGUUUUUCAGCAAUCAAAAUUUAAAUUAUCUUUACCGCAAUUAGUAUUUUUAUGUAAAAGAUUUUGGUAUUGUGAUGCCGCUGAUUUCAUACACUUAAUCUGGGGCUAGUGGAAGGACCCUUCGGGCUAGCUUGUUUUACUUACGAGUUGUCCGAGGGGAUGUUAUUAAAACGGGGAACGAGGAACGAGCACGGAGAACGGGAAAAUGAAAAUGGGAACGAAACCUAACUUGAACCCUAGCCCUAUCAGUAACUUCAUUUUCAAUUCUUAGCUUGUUCCCAUUUUUCAUUUUUUCCGCUCCCCGUGCUUGUUUCCCGCUCCCCGCUCCCCGCUCCCAGUUUCCUGUUUUCCGAGGUAAAAAUUCAAUUGUUCCACUCAGGUUUGGAUAGUAAUAGAAUUAAGAGAAGACUCAAUAACAUGUCAAUUGUUCAAAUUUCAAAUUUCCUUUUUAAACUUCACUGGUCAUCCCUUGUCGAAACGUUCAAAGAAGGACCUCGAUCUUAACACGUGUAUCAUGGAUUGUUUUUCUCCCGUCCACAGAAUCUGCACGACUUUUCUGUACGUGUGGUACGCCGGCUCAUUUCCAGUGCUCAGCGUGCUUCAAGCGAGGAUACUGUGGCCGUGAAUGUCAGCUGAAAGACUGGCGGUACCACAAAAUAGUUUGUGAAUUCGUGGAAGUGUCCAGCGUUUAACACUUCAGUUAGUGGAGUUUAAAAGUUUUAGAAAACAGGCGUUUAUUUCAUGGUUGUGAAGCGUCCUACAUUGAACAAACUAUACAUUCGUUUGCAUUCUAGAUUUUGAUUUCACUUACCUUUCAUGAAAAUAAGGUUCCUGUGUGAGAAAACGCAUCUCAUUUAGCGAAUUCUAGUAGAAUCUACAUGUACUAGUUACGAUCUGAGUUCGAAAGAUCCCGUGUGUAUCACCCUAUCUUCUGUUCUAAAAUCUUCUUCGAUUUCAUACGAACCCGGAACAAAAACAUGUCGAAGUAUGCCAUUCUUUGGGGCCGACCAGUUCACUUUUGAGGGAGGGCUGGUGUUUGGGUU